UUUUCUGUGGGAUGUUUCUGCUGCUGCAUUCGAUGAUGUGGGAUGCUAAAAUUUUGCAGGAGUAAAUCGCCUUCUAUGAGCUCGACGACCGUACCAAAGUGAGUGACUUCGACUUCGCGAGUUCGAGCACACGCAUACAAGAACCAAUCCAAGCACGGUCUUCACGGCCGGUCGCCUUCCAAGACGCUCAACUUCUUAAGAACCUUCAGUCUGUUACAAGACAUACAGUGAGUAGUAAGUGAUACACACCCUUUGUGCAAAGUGGAGAUAAAGGGGUGAUAAGUGAGCCUUGGCGCAUACGGCCAUGGCGACAGCAAAAAUGAAAAUCAUUCUACCGCUUGUCGUUUGGUUAUGGCUGCAUACAUCAACGACUGCCGAAUCUUUUGGCGGAAUUGGUUUUGGUAUAAAACGAGAGAUAUUUUUUCUGAACCUGGAAGACGGAUAUUUUGGAUGUCAGGUGAACGAAUCGACCGACGUACUGCAAUUAUUCGAAUUAUCGAAACUAUGCGACGGUUCGCCGAAUUGUUUUAUGGGAACCGACGAAUUACGCAAGGAACUGAAAUGUACAGAUGACUGCCGAAAGGACGAUGGGACCGUUUGUCAAAAUGGUGUUUGUCUCGACAACAACUGCCAUUGCAACGACGGUUAUGGCGGCUGCAGUUGCGAAGUUCCAGACGAAAACGAAUGUAAAUAUAGACCUUGCGACGUCUUCGCGCACUGCACCAACACCUUGGGAAGCUUUCAAUGUACGUGCUUUCCUGGGUACCAAGGAGACGGUUUCCACUGUGAAGACAUAAACGAAUGUGAUGAUCCAAGACUUGCAUCAAGAUGUGUCGCUAAUGCUGAAUGCUGCAACGUUCCCGCCCAUUUCGUCUGCAAAUGUUUGCCUGGAUAUCAUGGCGAUGGUGAAAUUGCAUGUUUAGAUAUCGACGAAUGUGCAAAGCCGGGAGCGUGUGGAAGAAAUGCCCUUUGCCAAAAUUUGCCCGGAAACUAUACGUGUACGUGCCCGCUGGGCUCCCGCGGAAAUCCGUACGAUGGAUGCACUGAUGUCGACGAAUGUGAAGAUGAGAAUGCUUGCGGACCUGGUGCUGUCUGUACAAAUUUGGAUGGUAGCAAACAGUGCAGUUGUCCACCCGGUUACCAAGGAGAUGCUUACACUACAGGUUGCGAUGACGUUGAUGAAUGCGCGAGACACCCGUGCGGGAAGAAUGCUAAAUGUACGAAUCUGGAGGGCACCUUCAGCUGUACCUGUCCCAAAGGAUAUGCAGGAGAUCCGUUGGUAAUCUGCUCAGAUAUUAACGAGUGUGACUCAAAUCCAUGCGCACAAAACGCGAAAUGCGUCAACACUAACGGGAGCUUCAGUUGCUUAUGUCCGGAGGGAUAUACCGGCUCAGCUCACGAAGAAUGCCUGGAUAUCAACGAAUGUGGUCGGCCUAACUCAUGUGGGAUAAACGCUAAAUGCAUUAAUCUACUGGGAUCAUACAAAUGUAUCUGCCCUCCUGGUUUUAUUGGCCAAGGGCAGCUAUAUUGCGAAAAUAUAAAUGAAUGUGACACGAAUCCUUGUGGAAAGAAUGCAGUGUGUAAAGACACAAUCGGCGGAUUCCUCUGUUCGUGUAAGGAGGACUAUACCGGAGAUCCAUUUAAAGGAUGCGUGGAUAUUGAUGAGUGCGUUGCUUUGGAGAAACCGUGCGGAAACUUUGCCAUUUGCGAGAAUGCAGCUCCGGGCUAUAACUGCAUUUGCCCUCAGGGAUAUCGGGGGAACCCAUCGCCCCAAGUUGCUUGCGAACAGUUUGAUGUGAAUAUUUUAUGCAAAUCGAAUUUUGACUGCACUAAUAACGCCGAAUGUGUAGACAGUCAGUGUUUUUGUCAAAAAGGGUUCGUUCCGCAAGGCGCGACCUGCGUUGAUAUUAACGAAUGUGAAGCGCAUCCAUGCGGUACUUUUUCGAUGUGCACAAAUACACCCGGUAGCUUUCAUUGCGAAUGUGAAAGUGGAUACAUCGGUGCGCCACCUAGGAUACAAUGUAAGGCACCUUGUGAGGACGUAAAAUGUGGUCAGCACGCUUUUUGUAAACCGGACGGACAAGAAGCAUACUGUAUUUGUGAAGAUGGUUGGACUUUUAAUCCUAGUGAUAUAGCAGCUGGUUGUAUUGAUAUAAACGAAUGUGAGAAAAACUACGGUCCGAAUGGGAAAUGUGGCCUUAACGCGGUAUGCGAAAAUUCACCCGGAAGCUUCUCCUGCUACUGUCCCGAAGGUUACACGGGAAACGCGCAAAUGCAAUGUCUUGAUAUCGACGAAUGUUCGAAACCAAAUGCAUGCGGCGUUGGUGCCAUCUGUAAGAACAGCCCCGGAUCGUACACUUGCGUAUGUCCUGACGGAUCGGUGCCCGAUCCCGACCCGUAUACGCAGUGUAGCGAAAUUGUGAAAUGUAAGGCGAAGGAAGAUUGUCCGGGAAAUGGAAUUUGUGACCCUCAAAAGCGUUGUAUUUGUCCUGAACCGAACGUUGGCAACGACUGUAGACAUCCUUGCGAAUCAGUUUUUUGUGGUCCCAAUCAGCAUUGUAUGCUUCUAAACCACGAGGCCAAAUGUAUUUGUAGCGCUGGUUAUACUAGCACUCACGCAGGAUGUGUAGACAUUGACGAAUGUAUUGGAAACCCGUGUGCGCUGGGAGGAAUUUGUAAAAAUGAACCGGGUGGUUUUUCAUGUGAGUGCCCGGGAGGUACAUCGGGAGACCCGUACAGAUCCGGAUGUUCAAAGUCGGAACAACCCAUGACUUGCUCGGCUGCAAAUCCUUGCCCUAGUGGAGAACAGUGCAUAACCGAUGAUUAUUUAGGCCAAAGCGCUUGUAUUUGCGUGCAAGGUUACGUUAGAGACAAAAAUACUGGAGGAUGUAGAGACAUCAAUGAAUGCACAGAACUGAGAGAUAAACCUGCGUGUGGGUUAAGUGCGAUUUGUAAAAAUUUACCGGGAAGCUAUGAUUGUCAAUGUCCACCUGGAUAUAAUGGAAAUCCCUUCUCUGAGUGCAUAGAAUGCAAUACGCCUGAAUGUCGGUGUCAACCACCUUACAAACUAAUGGAUGGCAAUUGCGUGCUGGCUGGGUGUUCAAAAGGUGAACCUUGCCCAGCAGGCGCAGAAUGUAUAACAAUCACAGGAGGUGUUAGCUACUGUGCGUGUCCUAAAGGCUAUCAAACUAUGACUGACGGUUCGUGCGAAGAUCUAAACGAGUGCACCCUAACUGACGCGUGUGGUUACGGGGCGGAAUGCGUGAAUACUCAAGGCUCCUACGAAUGCCAUUGUCCUCCUGGAUAUGACGGUGAUGCGUAUAAUGGUCACUGCUCACCAGCGCACAAGAGAUGUAUUAACGAUAAUGACUGUUCAGCAAACGAGAAGUGCGUACAACCCGGAGAGUGCAUUUGCCCGCCGCCGUUCUUUAGCGAUAGACAAGAUGGUUCCUGUAGAAAUCCAUGUGAGAGAUUCCCUUGUGGAAUCAAUGCAAAAUGCACGCCGAGUGAUCCCCCAAGGUGUAUGUGCCUGAACGGCUUUAAAGGCGAUGCUCUCCAAGGUUGUGUCGAUGUAGAUGAAUGCCUGAGUAACCCAUGCGCCUAUGCUGCUCACUGCUUAAACGAAAAAGGGGGCUACAAAUGCGUUUGUCCGAAGGGAAUGGUUGGUGAUCCUUAUAAAUCGGGGUGUAUUCUCGAUCUGAAUGGUAGCAGCAAAGCCGAAUGUACCACUAAUAACGAUUGCGCUAGUACACUUGCCUGCGUCGAUGGUACUUGUAUCAGUCCGUGCGGUUCACUACUCUGUGGACCUAACGCUUACUGCGAACCUGAGAAUCAUGCAGCUUGGUGCAGAUGUUCAGUCGGAUUUACUAAAAACGAGGAUGGCGAAUGUGUUUCGUUAUGCGAUGGGUAUCUUUGCGCAUCUGGUGCACAGUGCAUUGUAACCAACUCCGGUCCAACUUGCAAGUGUAUCGAAGGUUUGAGCGGAAAUCCAUUCCCAGGCGGUGACUGUACGACGGACGUCUGCUCCGCAGCAAAUCCUUGCGCACACCCGAGCGUGUGCAUUGGCGGUCGCUGCAAGGAGACCUGCGAAGGUGUCGUUUGUGGAAUUGACGCCCAUUGCGACGUUGCCACAAAUAAAUGCGUGUGUAGACCAUCUUUCAUUGGCAACCCCGAUCUCAUUUGCGUACCACCGAUCGAAAAACCGAAGUGCGCGCCCGGUUGUGGGAAGAACGCCCACUGCGAGUACUUCGUUAUAAACCAAUGCGUCUGUGAUCCGGGUACCACUGGAAAUCCUUAUACCGAAUGUAACAGUUUGGCAGCAACCUGCGCGACUGCCAAAUGCGGUAUUGGCGCCAAAUGUAAAGAAACCUUUAAUAGCGUCGAAUGCUACUGCCCUCCCGCCUUUAAAGGAAAUCCUUACGUUCAAUGCCACGAUAUAGACGAGUGUAUCAACAAUGCUUGUGGCGACCACGCGGUCUGCAUCAACACUAUUGGAAGUUACGAUUGCAGAUGCAAAGAAGGUUUUAUGGGUAAUCCAUUCGUGCUGUGCUCAAAAAUGGAUGGAGGAAUAUGUCUGGAUGCCGGGUCGUGCCGUUGCAGUAACGAUGUUCUUUGCCCAGCAGGAUUUUUAUGCGAUAAUGGACGAUGUAGGAACGUAUGCGAGGAUAUCAGAUGUGGACCUAAAGCUUUAUGCGAUGCGGGACGCUGCAUUUGUCCCCCUGGUUUUGUUGGAAAUGCUAACGAUUUGAUUUCCGGCUGUAAAUUGCGGAGACAAUGCCAUAACGAUGCCGAGUGUUCCGACUUAGAAAUAUGCUUCCAGCUUGGGAAAGGUGUUAGAAAAUGUGUGGAUGCGUGUAGCAAAGUACAGUGCGGCCCGAACGCGCUUUGCGUCAGCGCAAAUCACAGAUCCACCUGUAUUUGUGCGCCUGAGUAUAAGGGCAACCCGAGUGAUUUACUCCUAGGUUGCCAGUUGGAAGAGCGCAAACCACCAAGAGAAUGUGAUCACGAUGUAGAUUGUCCUUCAGGAUCGAUCUGCGAUAUUGAUAUGAGUGGGAUUAACAAAUGCGUGGAUCCUUGUGCAACGGUAGCAUGUGGACUUCACGAGUACUGCCAACUGGACCAAUUCAAACAUCCAACUUGUGUCUGCAAAUCGGAUUACAAGUGGAACCCAAUUUCAUCAGUUUGUGAAAAACCUUCGGUGCCCGAUUGUAUUGUUGACAAUGACUGCCAGCAAGUUGCGAGAUGUGUUCCAGACGCUUUGGGUGUUCCUAAAUGUGUUCAGGUGUGCUCGCAAUUUACCUGUCCACCUAACUCGAUUUGCAUUGCGCAGUCGCAUAAGGGACAUUGCCAGUGUUUGCCAGGUUUUACCGGAAACCCACGAGAUCGCAGUGGAUGUCAACCUGCAAUACAAAACGAGUGUGGCUCAGACGCACAAUGUGCCGAACAUCAAAUCUGUAGAAAACAUCACGAGUCUGACGCGCUUGUUUGUCAGUCAGCCUGCGACAGCCUUACCUGUGGUCCUCACGCCGUUUGUAUCGUUAAUAACCACGUACCUCAGUGCCAAUGCCCGCCCGGACCUUACGUCGGCGACCCCACCAAUCUAAGCACCGGAUGUAGAACCGUCCCUUGCGUUUACAACCUUGACUGUCCACCUCAGCAGCUUUGCAACAGGUUAACCCACACAUGCACCGAUGUCUGCGAGGAAGAAUCUUGCGGCCUAAACGCCGUAUGCAUAUCAGAAAAUCACAAAGCAACCUGCCAGUGUCCACCGGGAUAUCGUGCCAAUCCCAUACCAGAAGUCGAAUGCAAGUUAUUAGAAGUUUGUAAACCGAAUCCCUGUCACGCGUCGGCCGUAUGCGAAUCGACAUCGAAUGGACCUGUCUGCAAAUGUCCACAAAAUACGAUAGGAGAUCCGAUUUUGUCCGGUUGUCGUCCUGAAGGAGAUUGUCCAAACGGUAACGUCGAUUGUCCAGUACAAUCCGUCUGUCACGCCGGUAAAUGCGUGAACCCUUGCGAUGAAUUGGUAUGCGGACCUAACGCUCUUUGCCAAGUGAUAAACCGCGCGCCGUUGUGCACAUGUCCGCCUUCGUUUUUGCCUGGUCCUCAAGGUCCGAAAAGUGGCUGCAUAAGGAUCUCGACGAGUUGUAGUAGCGAUCAUGACUGUGGCAGUGAAGUUUGCUUCAACGGUCAAUGUAAAGCGGUUUGCAGAAGUAACGAGGACUGUCUUUACGGAGAACGCUGCCUGCAAAAGAUGUGUAUGAUACCUUGUGUCGGACACAGCCAAUGUCGAGAUAAUCAAGCUUGCGUCAAUGGAAUGUGCCUGUUGGGAUGUCGCAGUAACAAAAAUUGUCCACACGAUCAAGCUUGUAUUAACAACAAAUGUCAAAAUCCGUGCGAACAGGAAGGAGUGUGCGGACCGAAUGCCCUUUGCUCUUGCGUUCAACAUUCGACAACAUGCAAAUGCCCAGCUGGAUUUCAAGGAAAUCCUACACCAGAGGAAGGCUGUGUUAGAUCUUUCAUUCUCUGUGCGGCUACAAAUGACUGCCCUGCGGCGCAUAUGUGCAUUGCAAAUCAGUGCUCAAUGCCCUGCUCAGAAGCUUCCAUGUGUGCUGUAGGAGAACGUUGCAUGGACAAUAAUUGUGUGAAAGUGUGCUUCGGCGACAGCAACUGUUUACCUGGAGAAGUUUGCAAGAAGGGUGUAUGCAAAAUAGGUUGCGCAACACAUACCGACUGUACUCCGAAUCACAUUUGUGUACGCGGUAAUUGCCAAUGCGCUAACGGAUUUAUCAACGAGAAUAAUCAGUGCAUUGACGUAAAUGAAUGCAACAACAGAUCUUGUCCCUCAAGCGCUAUAUGUGUGAACACACCGGGAUCGUAUAGGUGCAGUUGCCCCGAAGGAUACAUUGGCGAUCCCUUCAUUGCGCCUGGUUGUUCGCUACCAAACCAAUGUCGUCGAGAUUCUGAAUGCGGCAACUCGUUAGCCUGCCACGAAGGUCGAUGCACUAAUCCGUGUGCAGUGUUAAAAUGUGGCCACAAUGCACUUUGCAAUGUAUUCGAUCAUAGUGCCGCGUGCUCCUGUCCGACUGGUUAUUUGGGAGAUCCAUUGGACACUCAUUUGGGUUGUUUUAAGGUGGAAUGCGUCAGCAGUACCUAUUGUCCCAGUGACAAAUAUUGUGAUAUCAACAGUAACAAAUGCAUGAAUCCGUGUGAUGUUACCGAUUGCGGCAAAGGAAGUUGUUACGUCGAAAAUCACAUGGGACUGUGCUCAUGUUUGCAAGGAUUCACGCUAAGCAAUGGACUAUGCGUUGAUAUCGACGAAUGUCUAACCAAUAAUCCGUGUCACCGAUCUGCUACCUGUCAAAAUUCGCCGGGAGGCUUUACGUGCGUCUGCCCGGAUGGCUUGGUCGGCGAUCCGUUCGUGACGGGAUGUCGCAAACCUGGCGAUUGCCUCUCCGAUGGCGAUUGUCCGUCGUCCGCCACCUGCCUUGAGAAUCGUUGCAGAAAUCCGUGCGAUCGUCCAGGAGUUUGCGGCCGGAACGCCGAGUGUGUGGCGGAACUGCACGCGGCCGUCUGCAGAUGUCCCGUGCAAACGAGAGGCGACCCGCACGUCGAAUGCUCGGCGAUUGAGUGUCUCGAUAGUAACGAUUGUCCAACGGCGAAAGCGUGCGUCGAUUCGAAAUGCGUCGAUCCUUGCUCUUUGGUUAAGGUCUGUGGCCAACAUGCCGACUGUGUGUCAGCGAAUCACGUGGGCGUUUGUAACUGUCGCGCCGGAUUCUCCGGUGAUCCUCACUUGGGUUGCGUUCCAAUUUUGUACUGUGCCGAUGAUGGUCAGUGUCCUGGUGGUAGUAAGUGCGCCGCCGGUGUCUGCACCUCAAUAUGCGCAACUUCUCGCGAGUGUAUCCAAGAUCAGUUAUGUAUUCAAGGAAUUUGCCAACCAACUUGCAAAUCAAAUUCGUCGUGCCCAGAAUUUCAGUUUUGUUCAAACAAUAUAUGUAUGCAGGAGUUUAGGUGUCACUCGGAUGGUGAUUGCUCUUUGAGUGAAAAGUGUAUACGGAACUCUUGGGGCCAAGCUGAAUGUGUCGAUGCAUGUAGUGGCUAUAUAUGUGGUAGAAAUGCAGAAUGUACAUCUCAAAAUCAUCAAGCAGUAUGCAGUUGUCAACCUGGGCAUUAUGGGAAUGCAAAGGAUGAUAAAGUUGGUUGUCGUAAAGUGGAAUGUGAAACUGAUAGCCAGUGCAGUAAUGACAAAUUUUGUGAACAACACAUGUGCAAAAUUGCGUGUUUGGCCCGGAACCCUUGCGGGCGCAAUGCACUUUGCUCCGCAGAAAAGCACAAACAGCUUUGCUACUGCCAACCAGGUUACACUGGUGACGCAUACAAAAGUUGCCAUUUAAUCGAUUUCUGCGCCGAUACACCUUGUGGACCUGGAGCAUCAUGCCAUAACUCUAGAGGAUCAUUUAGAUGCCUAUGCCCAUCAGGAACAGUUGGUGAUCCUUACAACGAAGGAUGUCGCACUGCAGUGGAGUGUAAUGUCAAUUCCGACUGUCCCAGCGGAGCCGAAUGCGUUAAAGCGAACGGAAUUCAUAAAUGCAGAGAUGUUUGCCAACACACAAUCUGUGGAGCGAACGCCGAAUGUGUGGCUGUAGAUCACGUUGGUCAUUGCACGUGCCUGAACGGGUAUAUUGGAAACCCGGCAGAUAUCAAAACUGGUUGCACACCCAAACCAGUAUCUUGCCAUACCACAUCCGACUGUCCCUUGAACACCUACUGUUACGGCGAGAUUUGUAGGCCACCCUGCCAAGUGGAUACAGAAUGCGAUUCAACUGCGAAAUGUAUUCAAGGCCAAUGCUUAAAUCCUUGCGAAUCAAAGUCAGCAUGCGGCAUUAAUGCACUCUGUAAAGUCAUUAACCACGCGAGGCAGUGCUCUUGCCCCGAAGGGUUUAUGGGAAAUGAGAAUGUCGAAUGCAUUAGAACACCAACUGCAUGCGAUACCAAUCAAGAUUGUGCGACCGGACUCAUCUGCCAAGAUAAAACCUGUCGUUCGCGUUGUACAAAUGAUAACGAAUGCGCAUUUAACGAAAAGUGUCUGAAGGGUAUCUGUAUUUUGACAUGUCGCGUCGACAACGAUUGUUUCUUAGGUCACAUUUGCUUACAUAACAAGUGUGUCUUGGGAUGUCAUUCUGAUGACGAUUGCAGUGGAAGUGAAUCAUGUCGAAGCAAUCGAUGUGUUAACCCGUGCUCUGAAUCUCCAUGUGGACCAAAUGCUUUGUGUACAGUCUCGAAUCACAGGGCAACAUGUUCGUGCGGAACCGGAUUCGUUCCUAAUCCCACCGCAAAGGUGGCGUGCGUUCGUUCGCCUGCUCAACCGUGCACCGAAAAUCGAGGAUGUCCCUACGGAACCACUUGCAUGGAUAAACAGUGUAAAACUGUAUGUUCUUCCGACAAGGGCUGUUUAAGUAAUGAACGCUGCGACGUACAGGCCGGCAUAUGCAAAGCUCUAUGCAGACGCGACGACGAUUGCAGAACGAGCGAAAUUUGCGAAAACCUGAUUUGCUUAAUUGGCUGCAGAAGCGAUAACGGUUGCGCAUCAGACCGAAGCUGUAGCAAUAACAAGUGCAUCGACGUUUGCUCUUCGCCUACAUCGUGCGGGACAAAUGCUGAAUGCAAAAUUGUUAAUCACCAAAAAGUGUGCACCUGUCCUCAACCGCUGGUAGGAAACGCAUUGGAAUCGUGCCAGCGACCUUUGAUAGGUUGCUCUUCGGAUUCGGAAUGCAACUUUGGAAACGUUUGCUAUGGUGGAUUGUGUCAGAAAAUGUGUCGCACGGAUCAAAACUGUUUAUCCGAUGAAAAAUGUGUGAAAGGCGUUUGUAAAGUAGUGUGCAAUUCGGACGCCUCAUGCGGGACGAAUCAAAUUUGUGAAAAUCGCCUCUGCGACUUGGGUUGUCGAAGUGAUCACACUUGCCAAAAACAAGAAGCUUGCAUAAACAAUAAAUGCCAAAAUCCGUGCAAAGGUUACAGCUCUUGUGGUAUCUGCGCCGACUGCAGCGUGGUUAAUCACGUUCCUCAGUGUAGUUGCCCGACAAACUAUUUGGGUAAUCCUUUGGUCUCUUGUACACUGUCUAUGGUGCAAUGCGAUGGAACGUGCGAAUGUGACGAGGCAGGGUAUUGUACGAAGAGUUGUCGAAAUAACAGCGCCUGUUCGUGCGGAGAAAUAUGCAAAUCCGGGCGAUGCAGAGCGAAAUGUUCUAAUUCGAAUCCUUGCGCUGCGGGCCACACCUGCAGAAACGGAGUUUGCUUUGCCGGCUGUAAAGUAAGCGCCGAAUGCGCUAAUGACGAAUCUUGUAUCAAUGGGCGAUGUGAAAAUCCAUGCAAAACCAAAAAUGCGUGUGGACGUAACGCCGUUUGCAAAGUAUCUGAACAUCGUACGAUAUGUUUGUGUCCGGACGGAUACCAAGGAGAACCCAGCAAGUCUUGUACGCCCUAUGAAUGUCGAAUUGACAGUGAUUGUGAAAUAAAUAAAAAGUGCGGUCGCGAUGGUGCAUGUAAAAAUCCAUGUUUGGAGAGAGGCGCUUGUGGUGUCAAUGCUCAAUGCAAGGUUGAACGCAGGAGAGCACAGUGUUCAUGCCCACCUGGUUAUGUAGGAAAUGCAAAGAUAGAAUGUAAGCAAAACGUGAUUGAGGUAUGUUCGAAGAAUUCCUGUGGGGAGAACGCUAAGUGUAAAGAAGUGAAUGGAGGAAUUGAGUGCAUUUGCCCAGUGGACUGUACUGGUGACCCCUACAAGAAAUGCAUUUGUGGAGAGGGUCGAGUGAACUUAUGCAAAGAUCAACUUUGUGGAGUGAAUGCUAAGUGUAAGGUUGUCAGAGCGAAGCCUCAGUGUUAUUGUCCGCCAGAAUAUCCAUUAGGAGAUCCCACCAUUGAAUGUUCAUUAAAACCUGGACAUGUCGAUUGUCGAACUGAAGGAUGUGGUAAGAAUGCGGAAUGUAUAAGAGAGCAGGCAGACUUUGUCUGUCGAUGCCCACCUGGAACCUCAGGUCAACCUGAAGUUGAAUGCUACAGGGAUGCGGAAUGUAAUAGCGACUCGGAGUGCCCUAACGAAAAAGCCUGCAUCAACGACCAGUGCAUAGAUCCCUGCAGUUUAAGGGGCGCGUGUGGUCUAAACGCUUUGUGCCAAACGGUACAGCACCGACCACGAUGUUCUUGUCCACAUUGUCACGUUGGUAUGGCUAAUACGGCGUGUUAUCCGGAUCCAAAAUGUGACAACACUCCAACACCGCCUACAACUGUAUUCUGUACCGCUAACACAGAUUGUCCAACAACUUUGGCAUGCAAUAGUAGAUCAGGAGAAUGCUAUAGCCCUUGCAAGGUACCUUCGUUUAAAUGCAAAGGUAAUAAAAAAUGCGAAGUUCAUCAGCACCGAGCGACCUGCGUUUGCAAAAAUGGUUUUGUCGUAAACGAAUAUGGCGAAAUAGCCUGCGCCCCUGACAGUACAGAAUGCUUGCACGACACCCAGUGUGCAUCAAACCUAGCUUGUAUUGAAGGGCGCUGUCAAAGUCCCUGCACUGCACUUAAAAAAGCUCCAUGCCCUCCUGAAAAGGCAUGCGAUGUGUUAAACCAUCGUCCAAUUUGUAUUUGUAUGAAAGACUGCAGUCCCUCUAUAUCAAUAUGUUUGCGAGACAACGGUUGUCCUUCGUCUCAAGCCUGCCGAGCCUUACGUUGCGAAGAUCCAUGUGCAACAGCAAAUUGCCCUCCAGACACUCCAUGUGUUGUAGAGGAUCACAGACCAAUCUGCAAAUUUUGUCCUCCAGGAUUUAUAUCAGAUUCUAAACACGGAUGUCUUAAAGAUAUUUCUUGUCGCUCUCAUUUGGACUGCCCAUUGCAACAAGCUUGUAUAAGUGCCCGAUGUCAAAAUCCUUGCUCGGUUUCCAAUCCGUGCGCCUUGCAGCAAGAUUGCCAGGUGAAAGAUCAUCAACCUAUUUGCGUCAAAGUGUGCCAGUGUCAAUCACAUGCGGAUUGUGGGAGAAAUAUGGAGUGUGAUGGAUGUAAUUGUAUUGCCGGUCGAGAACGGCCUCCUAUUUUAUCUGGGUGUGAACACUGCCCUCCAGGUGUUAAAUGCGACCCCAUUACCGGUGCUUGCAUCAAAGAACCCGGCCAUCCAAAAGCUCCACAACCGUGCGAGUCAGAUAUGGAUUGUCUAGAUUCGGAGGCGUGUUUUAUGUCGGUCUGUCAAGAUCCGUGCGAAUUUACAAACGCAUGUGCAAGCUCCGCCAAAUGUCAGGCUAAAAUGCACAGGCCAAUAUGUACAUGCCCGAUGGGAUACGAAGGAAACCCCUCACUUAAAUGCUUCAAAUCACAACCUAUGAGUUGCAUUACGAACAAUGAUUGUCCAGUGACGGAGGCGUGUAUAAAUCGGGCUUGUCAACGUCCAUGUGAUAUACACAAUCCUUGUACAGAGCACGCCAUUUGUAUAAAUACGAACCACGGAACUGAUUGUAGUUGCGCUGAAGGGUAUCAAGGGAAUGGAUAUGUAGGAUGUAUUCCAGGUGAGAAAAGCGUCUUUUAAUUCGAUUGCUAUAAAUGUCGUUUUACAGUGUACGACCACAAAUCUGUCUGUCAGUACAAUGAGGAUUGUCCACCGGAUAAAUUGUGUGAUCGAUUGAACAGGAUUUGUAUCAACCCAUGCUUUGAAGACUCGUGCGGUGAAAAUGCGGAAUGUAUACCAAAGGAACACGCCAUCACUUGUGUAUGCCUGCCCGGUACCGUCGGCAAUCCCUUCACAUCUUGCGAAAAAGUGCAAGGUUGUCGUUCCGAUCGCGAAUGUCCUACGAACGAAGCUUGUAUCAAUGGCAAAUGCGGCUCACCCUGCCACUGCGGUUCAAACGCGAUUUGCGAGGUGACGAAUCACAAAUCAACUUGUAAAUGCCCCCCUGGCUAUACCGGUAAUGCGAAAUUCUCGUGCCAACCACCGAUCAAUCUUUGCGAUCCGAAUCCGUGCGGUCAGCAUGCUCUCUGCGAAAUAGACAACGGCAGUCCGAUUUGUUACUGUCCGAAAGGCCUGACGGGAAAUCCAUUUAAAAUGUGCGUACCGGACGGCGGUAAAUGCGAUCCAAACCCGUGUGGUCCCAACUCAGGUUGCCGACUCGUGGGAAACAAAGCCGUGUGCUUCUGCCUGCCAGAAUAUGAAGGGACUCCGCCUCACGUACCUUGCGCCCUGCCCACGCAUCCAUGUAACCCAUCGCCAUGCGGCCCUAACACGCAAUGCACAGUUUUAUCAAACGGUUUCGCCAAAUGCACCUGUUUACCCGGCUACUUGGAGAGUCCAAACACGAUUCGCGGCUGUAUAGAACAAAGAAACUUAUGCGAACCUAAUCCUUGUGGGCGAGGUGCAAUAUGCGAUCCGCACCACGAACCGGUGUGCAUCUGCCCGCAGGGUACCAGAGGGAAUCCUUAUCGUGCCUGCUUAGAAUUGGCGCCGCCGACGAUUUUGUGCCAACCGGGACCUUGCGGCGUAAACGCUGAUUGUUACGUUACAAACAACCAAGAGCGAUGCUACUGUAAACCGGGUUAUAUUGGUGACGCCUAUACUGGAUGCAGACUUGAACCUCACAGCCCGUGUCUGCCGAAUCCAUGUGGACCUGGAGCCGAGUGUAUUGUGACAUUAGAAGGCCGCUCACUGUGUAGAUGCCCAGAUGGCGUUGCUGGCGACCCAACGGGAACCCAAGGUUGUCACGGAUAUGAAUGCGUCUUUGACGAAGACUGCCCCCACACGCAAGCUUGCAUGGGACAUAGAUGUCGCGAUCCUUGUCCUGGAUCGUGCGGUGUUAACGCCAAUUGCAGAGUAGAGAAACACCAUCCUGUAUGUACCUGCUUACACGACUUAACCGGAAAUCCAUUAACACGUUGUUAUCCCGUACCGACUUAUUUACCACCUGAUCCUUGCAUGCCAAGUCCUUGUGGUCUCAACACCUUGUGUCAAGUGAUAGGAAGAAGACCAGUGUGCACAUGUUUGCCCGAAUUCAAAGGAGAUCCACAGUUUGGAUGUCAUCCCGAGUGUGUAUUAAAUUCUGACUGUCCAGCAGAGAAGGCGUGUAUAGAUCGCCGCUGCAAAAAUCCGUGUGCUCUAGGAGCAGUCUGUGGCUUAUACGCUAAGUGUCAAGUUCGUGAUCACACCGCUACCUGUAUUUGUCAAGAUGGAUAUGUUGGUGAUGCGUUCUUCCAAUGCAUCCACAGGCCAACUCCAACAGUGAACGUAACAAUACCAUGCAUUCCCUCACCGUGUGGCCCCCACGCUCAAUGUGAUGUUUACGGAACUCAAGUUGCAAUUUGUAAUCCGUGCCUUGGACCCAACGCCAUAUAUGAUCCGCACUGCAGACCGGAAUGUUUAACUAACGCCGAUUGUCCAUUCGAUAAUGCUUGCCUUGGAACAAUCUGUGCUGAUCCUUGUCCUGGGUCAUGCGGUGUAAACGCAGACUGUACUGUUAUCAUGCAUUCGCCUGUAUGCAGUUGCCGCCACGGUUUAUAUGGAAAUCCAUUCGAACACUGUGCUGCGCCAAGUAUUGUGCCAGAAGACAAGUCUGAUACCUGUGAGACCACAAGUUGCGGAGCAAACGCACAUUGCCAGCAAAAGAAUAACGCGCUAGCAUGCGUUUGUAAGCCUGGUUUCUUUGGAGAUCCAUGGAUAGCAUGUAGGCCAGAAUGUGUGCUAAACACUCAUUGUCCAAUUAAGAAAGCUUGUGUUAAUCAAAAGUGUGUGAAUCCAUGUGCCGGAGUGUGUGGUGUCAAUGCUCACUGUAACGUCAUCAAUCACCAACCAGUAUGCUAUUGUCCGCCUGAUUAUCGAGGAGAUCCAUUCGUUUCAUGUACGCUUUACAAACCGGUACCAUUCCCAACAAAUCCUUGCGAUCCAUCACCAUGUGGCCCAUUCAGUAGAUGUCUAGUUUCUGCAAGCGGAUUCGCCACCUGCUCUUGUUUGCCCAAUUAUAAAGGAACACCUCCGGCGUGCAAACCGGAAUGUAUAGUCAGCUCUGAGUGUUCACAAAUGCAAGCUUGUGUCAAUCAAAAAUGUGUCGAUCCAUGCUCGGGCAUGUGCGGUUUGAACGCUCUUUGCACUGUCAUAAACCACAACCCAAUUUGUAGCUGCCCGUCUAAUUUACGCGGAGAUCCAUUCAUCAACUGCUAUACGGAAAUAAUCACAGAACCGAAGAAACCUCUGAAUCCAUGCGAUCCGUCACCGUGUGGACCGAAUUCGCUGUGCUCUCCAAAAGAAGGCCGCCCCGUUUGCUCGUGCGAUACCAACUAUAUUGGUAGCCCUCCGUUCUGCCGGCCCGAAUGCGUGCUCAACUCCGAAUGUCCCGGAAAUAAAGCGUGCUUGAAAGAGAAGUGUGUCAACCCGUGCCCGAAGAGCUGUGGAAUAAACGCGAAAUGUAACGUGGUAAAUCACACUCCAUUCUGCUACUGCAUCGAGGGCUAUGAAGGGGACGCUUUUAUUGGUUGCUCGAAAGUUAUUCGCCAGCCCGAAGAUCCUUGCAAUCCGUCACCUUGCGGAGGGAACGCUCAAUGCUCGGUGGUUAACGGCGUAGCGCGCUGUAAUUGUAUACCUCCGUACAUUGGAAACCCAUACUCUGGCGGGUGUCGACCGGAAUGUACCAUAAACGCCGAAUGCCCACCUCAUUUGGCCUGCUUGAACCAACAUUGUCGCGAUCCGUGUCAAGGCUUAUGUGGAGUCAACACUGAAUGUCAAGUUGUCAAUCACGUACCAACAUGUUCUUGCUUACCAUCGCAUAUUGGAGAUCCAUUUACAGCAUGUCGUUUAAAACCAAUACAACCAACCCCACCACAAAACCCAUGCGAGCCGACACCAUGUGGACAGAACAGCAUCUGCAAAAUUUCAAACGGUCUCGCUAUCUGCUCAUGCCAAUCGAGCUACUUCGGUGCGCCACCAAAUUGUCGACCUGAAUGCUUGGUCAGCUCAGACUGCAAUCAAGACAAAGCAUGUAUCAACAAAAAGUGUCAAGAUCCAUGUCCGGGAUCUUGCGGAUUAGGCGCACAUUGCCAAGCGGUUUAUCACAAUCCAAUUUGCAGUUGUCCAUCUGAACACACCGGCGAUCCAUUUACACAGUGCGUCAAAGAAGUAAAAGUACCAGUGGACCCGGGCACCCCGUGCAUACCGUCGCCAUGUGGACCCAACGCCGAAUGUCGCGUCUUAAACUCCAGAGCUGUCUGUUCUUGUCUGCCCAGAAUGUUAGGGGCACCACCCCAUUGUCGACACGAAUGCCUAAUACAUCAGGAUUGCCCACUACACUUGGCGUGCUUUAAUAAUCAAUGCAAAGAUCCCUGCGUUGGUACCUGCGGCUUCAACACCCAUUGUAACGUGCAAAAUCAUCAAUCGAUUUGCACCUGCCUUUCUGGAUAUGAAGGUGAUCCAUUUUCUGGCUGUAAUCUGAAGCAAGUUGUUCCCCCGAUUGACGUACAUCCAUGCAAUCCGUCUCCUUGUGGAUCGAACGCAAUUUGCAAAGAGAGGUCAGGUGCCGGAUCGUGCACUUGUCUGCCUGGAUACUUUGGCGAUCCUUACGCGGGAUGUCGACCAGAAUGUGUCGCGAACACCGACUGCCCCAGAGACAAAACGUGUGUUAACCAAAAAUGUACCGAUCCGUGUCCUGGAACAUGCGGACUGAAUGCUCAAUGCACUGUCAAUAAUCACGCACCGUCUUGUCAUUGCCUGCCCGGUUUUACAGGAAACCCCCUAAGAUCGUGUCACACUCCGCCACCUACUCCAACUGAAACACCUAAGCAAAAUACUUGUUCACCGUCACCGUGCGGCUUGUACAGUAAUUGUCGCGUUGCAAACGGCCACCCGGUUUGCUCUUGCCAGGAGAAUUAUGUGGGUACUCCUCCGAGAUGUCGACCAGAAUGUAUAGUUAGCGCAGACUGUCCUCAAAAUAAAGCUUGCAUUAACGCCAAGUGUCAAGAUCCAUGUCUCAACACUUGCGGUGCUCAUGCCCGUUGCCAAGUGAUUAAUCACAAUCCCAUCUGUAGCUGUCCCCCAGAUUACUCCGGAGAUCCGUUUGUUGGCUGUCUGUUGGCACCAAAAAAACCCGACGUUCCGAGGCAAAAUCCCUGCAUACCUUCACCUUGCGGAUUAAACUCCCAAUGCAGAGUUGUUGGAAACCAACCGGCAUGCACAUGUUUGCCAAACUACAUAGGUCGGGCACCCAACUGUCGCCCUGAGUGCGCAAUAAGCGCGGAAUGUCCCGGAAAUUUGGCUUGUGUUAACGAGAAAUGCAUCGAUCCUUGUCCGGGCUCAUGCGGAAUUCAUGCCAGCUGCAUUGUUGUCAAACAUUCGCCUGUGUGUCAGUGCGAGGUUGGGUAUACAGGCGAUGCAUUUAAUGGAUGCGCACGUAUUGAAAUACAACCUACCCCAGAGAAGAGCACUCCUUGUCAUCCAUCACCUUGUGGUGGCAAUGCCGUUUGUAAAGAGAGAAAUGGUGCAGGUUCUUGUGUGUGCUUGCCCGAGUACUUUGGAGAUCCGUACAGUGGCUGUCGACCCGAGUGUGUUAUUAACACAGAUUGUUCUCGUGAUAAAGCUUGUGUCAAUAGCAAAUGCGUAAAUCCUUGUCCUGGAACGUGUGGAUUAAACGCGGAGUGCCGAGUGAACAACCACGCACCGUCUUGUUAUUGCUUGGAACGUUAUACUGGAAAUCCGUUAGUGGCUUGCCAUCCGGAUACUCCGAUUGUGGUUGAAAACCCCUGCUCCCCAUCUCCGUGCGGUCCAUACAGUCAAUGUCGUACUGUAAACGAUCACGCUGUGUGCUCUUGCCAAACCGGUUACAUAGGAACACCUCCCACUUGCAAGCCAGAAUGUAUGAUCAGCGCUGAUUGUCCACCAACGAAAGCUUGCAUCAAUAGCAAGUGUCAAGACCCAUGUCCUGGUACCUGCGGACUUAAUGCGCGUUGCCAAGUCGUGAAUCACAACCCCAUUUGUAGUUGUCCACCCGAAUUUACAGGGGACGCUUUUGUUAGAUGCAUUCCCGAGCCUAAGAAACCAGAAAUUGUACCAAGUACCAAUCCUUGCAUACCAUCCCCAUGCGGACCAUUUUCUCAGUGCCGCGUGGUCGGAAACACGCCCGCGUGUUCCUGCCUGCCAAACUAUGUAGGACGCUCUCCAAACUGUAGACCGGAAUGUACCAUAAAUUCGGAAUGCUCUCCGAAUCACGCUUGCCAAAAUGAACGUUGUAUUGAUCCAUGCCCUGGUUCUUGUGGCAUAAAUGCCGGUUGCGUUGUGAUAAAUCACCGCUCGGUUUGCUCAUGCCAAUCAGGGUAUACCGGUGAUCCUUUCGCAGGGUGUACGAUUAUUGCCAUUAAAAAACCGACAGAGACACGUAAUCCUUGCAAUCCGUCUCCUUGUGGUGCAAACGCCAUUUGUAAAGAACGAAACGGAGUCGGAUCUUGCACUUGCAUAUCAGAAUACUUUGGAGAUCCAUACACUGGUUGUAGACCAGAAUGUGUCACGAACUCAGAUUGCCCACGAGACAAAGCGUGUGUAAAUAAUAAAUGCAAAGAUCCUUGCCCUGGAACAUGUGGAAUAAACGCGGAAUGCCAUGUAAAUAAUCACGCUCCUUCUUGUACAUGUAUCUCUGGAUAUUCUGGAAAUCCGCUAACGGCCUGUCACGUACCGCAACCUACUGUGCAUGAGGAACCUUGCCAACCUUCACCUUGUGGCCCUUACAGUCAAUGUCGUGCUAUAAAUGGACAUGCAGUGUGUUCUUGCCAAACUGACUAUGUAGGAACACCGCCAGCUUGUCGGCCACAGUGUAUGAUCAGUGCUGAUUGCCCACAGGAUAAGGCUUGCAUUAAGACUAAAUGUCAGGAUCCUUGUCCUGGUACAUGUGGCCUCAAUGCACGCUGCCAAGUUGUCAAUCAUAACCCUAUAUGUAGUUGUUCGCCUGAUUUUACAGGCGAUCCAUUUGUUAGAUGCGUACCAGAAAUAAAAAAACCUAUUGAUACUGGAAAUCCAUGUGUACCAUCACCGUGUGGGCCUAACUCGCAAUGUAAGGUUAUCGGAAAUCAAGCAGCAUGUUCGUGCUUACCGAAUUACAUCGGUCGUGCUCCAAACUGUCGGCCUGAGUGUACAAUAAAUGCAGAAUGUCCGGGAAAUUUAGCUUGUCAAAAUGAGAAAUGUAAAGAUCCUUGCCCUGGUUCAUGCGGUUCAUUUACGACCUGCAUUGUAAUUAAGCAUGCUCCAGUGUGCCAGUGCGUUUCUGGUUAUACUGGAGAUCCAUUCUCAUUGUGUACACCAAUUCCGCCUACACCUACUACGGAAGAACCGAGAACACCCUGCAACCCGUCGCCGUGUGGGGCCAACGCCGUGUGCAAAGAACAGAGGGGAGUUGGCUCUUGCAGUUGCUUACCCGAGUACUUUGGCGAUCCCUACACUGGGUGCCGUCCUGAAUGUGUCAUCAACACCGACUGCGACAAAACGAAAGCUUGCGUUAAUAAUAAAUGCGUUGAUCCGUGCCCCGGAACGUGCGGAUUAAAUGCAGAAUGUCAAGUGUUCAAUCACGCACCGUCUUGCAUUUGUAUACAAGAUUACACUGGCGACCCCACCAGAUCAUGCAUACCCAUGGAAAAAGUUGUAGUACCCAAAAAUCCAUGUGAUCCUUCUCCGUGCGGACCUAACAGCCAGUGCCGUGUUAUUCAAGACCACGCGGUCUGUUCGUGCAAUCAAGGCUACAUUGGAACACCUCCAAGUUGUAAACCGGAGUGCGUCGUCAGCUCGGAAUGUCCACAAAAUCAAGCGUGCGUCCAACAAAAAUGCAAAGAUCCAUGUCCCGGAACGUGCGGCCUGAACGCCAAGUGUCAAGUUGUUAAUCACAAUCCGAUUUGCACUUGCAUGCUCGGCUAUACAGGUGAUCCGUUUGUAAGUUGCCAGAAGGCCGAAGUAGUUAUCACUCCGAAAGUUGAACCAUGCAAUCCUUCACCUUGCGGACCACAUUCUCAAUGUAAGGUGGUUAGCAACUCUGCUGCAUGCUCUUGUCUUCCGAACUACGUCGGUCGCGCGCCAAACUGUAGGGCAGAAUGCACUAUCAAUUCCGAGUGCUCGAAUAAUCUGGCGUGCAUACACGAAAAAUGCGUAAACCCCUGUUCAGAUUCGUGCGGAUUAAACGCGAUAUGUACGGUUGUAAAUCACAGCCCGGUAUGCUCCUGCUUGCCUGGAUACAUUGGUGACGCCUUCUCGGCUUGUCAUUUAGUUCCACUUACAUCUACCGAGCCUACGCCACCUACCUCACCGUGCUUCCCGUCACCUUGCGGACCAAACGCUGAGUGCAGGGAACGUAAUUCGGCCGGUUCUUGCAUUUGUGCGCCUGGAUUUGAAGGCAACCCGUACGAUCAAGCGGUUGGUUGUGGUAGAGAGUGCGAAACGAACAGCCAGUGCGCUCCUACGCUUUCUUGCGUUUCGUACAAGUGUGUCGAUCCUUGUCCUGGAACGUGCGGAAUUGAAGCUCAAUGCCAUGUUGAAAAUCACAUUCCCGCCUGUAGUUGCUUACCAGGAUUCACUGGUGAUCCAUUCUUCCAGUGUCGCCAACUGCCACCAACACCUCCACCGCAAACAAACCCUUGCCAGCCCUCACCGUGUGGUCCAAACAGUCAAUGCAGAAAUGUCAACGCUCUUGCAGUCUGCUCUUGCCUUCCAAACUAUAUUGGUAACGCUCCACAAUGUCGUCCAGAGUGCGUCGUUAGUUCUGAGUGCCCAUUGGAUAAGGCAUGUGUUAAUCAAAAAUGCGCGGAUCCUUGUCCAAAUACUUGUGGCAUCGGAGCACAAUGCACAGUUAAGAAUCAUAACCCAAUUUGCGCCUGCCCAGCUAAAUAUACUGGAGAUCCAUUUACACAUUGCCAUCCUUUACCGAUCGAUCCUGUAAUUGUCACUGAGAGACCACCAUCAUGCUACCCUUCACCCUGCGGACCAAACUCGCACUGUCAAAUGCACGGAGAUGUUCCAUCGUGCUCUUGUUUGCCAAAUCACAUUGGCAGUCCACCCAAUUGUAGACCCGAAUGCGUUUUGAACACCGAGUGUGGGAGCCAGCUGGCGUGUAUCAACAAGAAAUGUCAAGAUCCCUGCGUGGGUUCCUGUGGAUACAACGCAAAAUGUCACGUGCUGAAUCACCUGCCAAUCUGUACAUGCGAAGAGAGACACACCGGAGAUCCUUUCACACAAUGUUCUCUUAUAGUAAUCACCGAACCGAAAGUGCCUGAAGAUCCAUGCAAUCCGUCACCCUGCGGCGCUAACGCAGAGUGCCAUCCAGGAGGUGUUUGCAAAUGCCUUUCAGACUAUCAAGGAAAUCCCUACGAGGCAUGCAGGCCAGAAUGUGUGCUCGGAAAUGAAUGUCCACGAAAUAAAGCUUGUAUACGUAAUAAAUGCGUUGAUCCUUGCCCUGGCACUUGCGGAAUAGACGCCACUUGCGAUGUUAUAAACCACAUUCCUGUGUGCUCAUGCCCGGAAUCGUUCACCGGAGAUCCGUUCACACACUGUCGCAAGACGCCGCUAACACCAGUUGCUCAUCGUGAUCCUUGCAAUCCCUCACCAUGCGGACCCAACAGCCAAUGCAAAAAUAUUGGCGAUUACGGGGUGUGUUCUUGCCUGCAAGGCUACAUGGGAACGCCUCCGUCAUGCAAGCCGGAAUGCAUUGUCAGCGCAGAAUGUUCGCCAACAAGAGCUUGCAUAAACCAAAAAUGCAUCGAUCCAUGUCUCGGUUCUUGCGGCUUAGGCGCUAGAUGCGAAAUCAUCAACCACAGCCCUAUUUGCAGUUGCGGAGAAGGACAGACGGGUGAUCCAUUCCAAAGUUGCACUGAGUUGCCUAAGGUGACAUAUCCACCUGAAGUUAUAAACCCCUGUCUACCAUCACCGUGUGGUCCAAACUCUCUUUGCAAAGCAGUAGGUGAUAUACCAUCCUGUCAAUGUAUCCAAGACUACACUGGAAACCCACCAAAUUGUCGUCCAGAGUGCGUUAUAAAUCCAGACUGUCCAAGUACACAGGCUUGUAUUAACAACAAGUGCAAAGACCCAUGUCCCGGUAGUUGCGGGGAGAACGCAGAGUGUCGGGUUAUCUCUCACAUGGUUACGUGCUCGUGUGCAAAUGGUUACACUGGAAAUCCGUUCGUUCAGUGUGUCGUUAAAAAGAUCGAAAUACAGAACCCGUGCGAGCCGUCGCCGUGCGGAGCGAAUGCGAAAUGUGAACAGAGAAAUGGCGCAGGAGCCUGUACAUGUAUUGACGAUUACCAUGGCAAUCCUUACGAAGGUUGCCGACCCGAAUGCGUGCUUAGCUCAGAUUGUCCUACGAUUAAGGCUUGUAUAAGAAAUAAGUGUCAAGAUCCGUGCCCUGGAAUUUGCGGUCCGUUUGCUGAGUGCGCUGUGAUUAAUCACGUGCCCACGUGCAGCUGUGUCGCCGGAUAUGUUGGAGAUCCAUUUGCCGGAUGCAGAGUUGAACCUACACCCAUAUAUCCUACUGAAAGCCCUCUCCAAGAUCCUUGUUUGCCUUCACCAUGUGGACCGUACAGCCAAUGUCGCAACGUGAACGGUCAAGGCGUGUGUUCUUGCUUACCCGAAUACACAGGUUCGCCGCCGCAUUGCAAACCUGAAUGUACCGUCAGUUCGGAAUGUCCACAAAAUCAGGCGUGUUAUAGAUAUAAAUGUAGCAACCCGUGCAAAGGAGUUUGCGGGCUCGGUGCCAGAUGCGAGGUGAUUAACCACAACCCCAUAUGCAGCUGUCCGGAAAGGCUCAGCGGAGAUCCGUUUGUAAGGUGCUACGAGGUGCUCAUUCCGAUAACGCCACCCAAGCACGUCGAUCCGUGUAUACCAUCGCCUUGUGGUCUGUAUUCGGCAUGUAGAGUAAUCAACGAACAGCCCUCUUGCUCUUGUUUGCCUAACUACAUCGGGGUCCCACCGAACUGUCGACCCGAAUGCGUCGUCAAUACAGAUUGUCCAUCGAAUUUGGCAUGUAUUACGGAGAAGUGCCGCGAUCCUUGCCCUGGUUCUUGCGGUUUUAACGCAGAGUGCAGAGUACAGAAUUAUCUACCAAUUUGCACGUGUAUCAGCGGUUAUGUUGGUGAUGCCUUCGUACAGUGCUCGCCUAAACCUGAGGAACCCAAAGUUCCCAAACCUGACGGUUGUUAUCCAUCCCCUUGUGGUGCGAAUGCUCAAUGCUCAGGCAACGGUGUGUGCACUUGUCUGUCAGAAUACCAAGGAGACCCCUAUGUGGGAUGUAGACCGGAAUGUACUAUGAAUACAGAUUGCUCGCCAAGCAAAUCGUGCAGCAAUCAUAAAUGUAUUGAUCCAUGUCCAGGUACUUGCGGGCAGAAUGCCGAAUGCGAUGUAAUUAACCAUAUUCCGACAUGCAGUUGUAUAGCUAACUAUCAGGGAGACCCGUUCACCAUAUGCCGCCCAGUACCAAGAAUACCCGAAAAAUCAGUGGAACCGUGCAAUCCUUCACCGUGCGGCCCCAAUAGUUUGUGCAAAGUGGUCAAUGAUGUUGCAGUAUGCUCCUGUCAAGCUGGAUACAUUAGUAAUCCACCGACUUGCCGACCGGAGUGCGUUGUAAGCGCUGAAUGUCCAUUAACCCAGGCGUGCUUAAAUAACAAAUGCCAAGAUCCCUGUUUGGGAACGUGCGGAAUUAGCGCAAGGUGCCAAGUGAUAAACCACAAUCCGAUAUGCAGCUGCGACAAUGCAUACAGCGGUGAUCCGUUCACCAGAUGUCUUCCCGAGGUGAAAGAGAAGCCCAAACCUGUCAACCCCUGCCAACCGACGCCGUGCGGUCCGAACUCCGUGUGUCAAGUGCGCGGCGAAAAUCCGGCGUGUUCGUGCUUGCCGAACUAUACCGGCGCUCCUCCGAAUUGUCGACCCGAGUGCAUCAUAAAUCCGGAAUGUCCGAGUCAGUUCGCGUGUAUUAAUCAGAAGUGUCGCGAUCCGUGUCCGGGUUCGUGCGGUUCGAACGCUGUGUGCAGUGUUAUAAACCAUAGUCCUGUGUGCAGCUGUCUUUCCGGAUAUAAUGGCGAUCCCUUCACUGGAUGCAUCAUCACACCAGUUUCCCCGCCCCGUGAAAUCAGUCAUCCCUGUACCCCGUCGCCCUGCGGUACCAAUGCAAUUUGUAAGGAACAAAAUGGUGCCGGUUCCUGUGCCUGUCUGCAAGACUACAUAGGAAACCCAUAUGAAAGUUGCCGACCCGAGUGCCUAUACAACUCGGACUGUCCUUCACACCGUGCGUGCCUUAAGAACAAAUGUCAAGACCCGUGCUCUGGAACAUGUGGUGAACAUGCGGAGUGUCAAGUUAUAAACCACCUACCCCUGUGCACCUGCAGAUCGGGUUACACAGGAGAUCCAUUCAGUUAUUGUACCAUAGCCGUAACCCCUACCAAAUCUGAACCGUCACACCCUUGUACCCCUACACCUUGUGGUCCCAACAGCCAAUGCCGCGAGGUGAACGAGCAACCCGUUUGUUCGUGUCUAUCCGGAUACAUUGGAACCCCACCCACGUGCCGUCCAGAAUGUGUGGUCAACUCAGAAUGUCCACCGACUAACGCGUGUAUCAACCAAAAAUGCUCGAAUCCUUGCAUUGGCACUUGUGGAUUACGUACCAAAUGCGAGGUUAUAAAUCACAGUCCAAUAUGCAGUUGUUCCCCUGGACAUACCGGAGAUCCGUUCACUAGAUGCUAUUUAUUACCACCACCCACUCCAAGCCCUCCAAAGGUUCACAUGAACCCGUGCGCACCUUCUCCUUGCGGACCUUACUCAGAAUGCCGCGAAAUUAACGAAUCUCCAUCCUGUUCGUGUGUGAGCGGUUACAUCGGCGCUCCACCCAACUGCAGACCGGAAUGCACAAUAAGCUCGGAUUGUCUCAGCAACCAAGCGUGUAUACGCGAAAAGUGCCGCGAUCCGUGCCCCGGCUCCUGUGGAAUUAACGCACAGUGUCACGUAACCAAACACACAGCUGUAUGUAGUUGCCUUUCAGGUUUUACAGGUGAUCCAUUCAAUAAUUGCCAUCCGAUUCCACCUUCACCAAGUAAGCCUACGCACCAGCGUUGCCAGUUUAGUUUAACUAAAGGUUUUGUAGCGGUACCUCCCAAGACAACUGACCCGUGCGGACAGUGUGGUGCAAAUACGCAGUGUAUUUCCGGAGUUUGCACGUGCUUGCCUGAUCACCAAGGGGAUCCGUUCAGGGGUUGUAGACCUGAAUGUCUUCUAAGCGCGGAUUGCGCCAAAGAUAAAGCAUGUAUUCGAAGCAGAUGCCAGGAUCCUUGUGUAGGAACUUGCGGUGAAUUCGCCGAAUGCCAAGUCAUAAAUCAUAUACCUAUGUGUAGUUGCCCACCAGGACGUGUGGGAAAUGCCUUCGUUCUUUGCAACAUCAUCAAAACACCGUCACUGAAAGGUUCGUGCCAUCCUUCACCUUGUGGACCAAACAGUCAAUGUCGGGAAAUUAACGGCCAAAGUGUCUGUUCUUGUGUACCUGGUUUUCUUGGUAGCCCACCAACGUGUCGUCCUGAAUGCUUGGUCAGCGCAGAGUGCCAAUUGAACGAAGCCUGCGUUAAUCAAAAGUGUGGCAAUCCAUGCCUUGGCACCUGCGGUGUUAGUGCCCUCUGUCAGGUGGUUAACCACAACCCAAUAUGCAGCUGUCCUCGCGACUUCAUCGGUGAUCCAUUUACUAGAUGUUACAUAAGACCUGCGGAAACCAAACCGGUGAACCCAUGCAACCCGUCACCUUGUGGACCUCACGCACAGUGUAAAGUGAUACAUGAGUUACCCUCGUGCUCUUGUCUAGCUGGAUUUAGCGGAUCACCUCCAAAUUGUAAACCGGAGUGCAUAAGCAACAGCGAAUGCGAAUCUCGACUGGCUUGUAUUAAUCAAAAAUGCAAGGAUCCCUGCCCUAACACCUGCGGGCUGAAUGCCGAAUGUAGAGUAAUAAGCCAUACCCCCAACUGCGCAUGUCUCGCUGGCUAUACUGGUGACCCAUUCUCUCAUUGCCAACCUAAAGUGACUGUAAUCGAACCUGAACAUCUGACCCCAUGCGUGCCAUCGCCUUGUGGACCCAACGCCCAAUGUAAAGAACACAACGGUGCCGGAUCCUGCACUUGUCUCACCGAUUACAUCGGAAACCCUUACGAAGGCUGUCGCCCGGAAUGUGUGUUGAACUCCGACUGUCCCUCGCAUCGUGCUUGUAUUCGAAAUAAAUGUCAAGAUCCGUGUCCGGGAACUUGCGGCCAAAAUGCCAAUUGCCAAGUGGUUAAUCACCUACCUUCCUGCACAUGCACCCACGGAUUUACCGGAGAUCCAUUUAGAUAUUGCAGUCAUGUGAUUGAACCUCAGAAAAAAGAACGUGCAAAUCCGUGUAGUCCAUCACCGUGUGGUCCCAACAGUCAGUGCCGCGUUAUAAACGAACAGGCUGUUUGUUCUUGUCUGCCCAAUUAUGAAGGUAGCCCACCCGGUUGUAGACCGGAAUGCGUUGCGAGCACAGAGUGUGCACCGACAAAAGCUUGCGUUAAUCAAAAAUGCGUUGAUCCAUGCGUGGGAACAUGCGGAUUGAAUACGCACUGCAAAGUUAUCAAUCACAGUCCGGUAUGUAGCUGCAAGUUCGAUUACACUGGAGAUCCGUUUAGCAGAUGUUAUUCUCUUCCAACACCUCUACCUACCCGCAUCCCCACUGUGACUGAUCCGUGUGUACCAUCUCCGUGUGGGUUAAAUUCAGAUUGCCGAAAUCGAGAGGGAUUAAGUUCAUGUUCGUGCCUACCAGGUUUCAUUGGAAGUCCACCAAAUUGCAGACACGAAUGCGUCAUCAAUUCGGAAUGCUCAAGCAAUAAGGCUUGUGUUCGUAAUAAAUGCAUUGACCCAUGUCCCGGUUCGUGUGGAGUAGGCGCUCACUGUUCUGUAAUCAAUCACAGCCCAACGUGUAGAUGUAUUGAUGGUUAUGUUGGAGAUCCAUUUACUAAUUGCUACCCUGCACCAUCCCCACCAAAAGUACCAGAAAUCUCAGAUCCAUGCCACCCUUCACCUUGCGGACCAAACGCUCAGUGUCUCAAAGGGUUAUGUACUUGCUUACCGGAUUACCAUGGCGACCCAUAUCGAGAAUGUAGACCUGAAUGUUUGAUAAGCGAUGAUUGUGCCAAGGAUAAAGCGUGUAUGGGGAAGAAAUGUCUGGACCCAUGUCCCGGCACUUGCGGACAAAACGCCGAGUGCUCUGUUGUCAACCACAUUCCCACGUGUGUAUGUUCAAAAGGCUUUGAAGGUAACGCCUUUGUGUUGUGUUCGCCCAGUAGAGAAGUGGAAAUCAAACACCCAUGCAAUCCGUCUCCGUGUGGACCAAACAGUCAAUGUCGAGAAGUUCAAGAGCUCGCAGUAUGUUCGUGUGUGCCCGGUUUUAUGGGUGCCCCGCCCACUUGCAGACCCGAAUGCGUGGUCAGCAGUGAGUGUUCCUUGAACCAAGCAUGCGUGAACCAAAAGUGUAUCGAUCCGUGCCCAGGCACUUGCGGUAUAUUAGCGACCUGUCAAGUAGUGAACCACAAUCCCAUAUGUAGCUGCCUGUUGCAACAUACAGGUGAUCCGUUCGUUCGAUGCCAGGAAAUAAAAGAAGUAAUCCCAGUUCAAAAAGCGUCGUGCCAACCAUCUCCAUGCGGACCCAAUUCACAGUGUAAAAUGUCUGGCGAUUCGCCUUCGUGCUCAUGUCUGCCAGAUUACACAGGAUCGCCUCCAAACUGUAAACCGGAAUGUACCAGCAACAGCGAGUGUUCUAUCCACCUCGCGUGUAUAAAUCUGAAAUGCCGAGAUCCUUGCCCGGGAAGUUGUGGAGUUAACGCGGAGUGCCGCGUAGUCAGUCACGCACCAAAUUGUGCCUGCUUAUCCGGUUUCAAGGGCGAUCCAUUUGUGCAGUGCUCCGUUGAGACUCACUUAGUCCCCGAGUUACUAACUCCCUGUGAGCCUUCACCUUGUGGAGCAAAUGCGCAAUGCAAAGAGCGGAAUGGAGCCGGUGCCUGCAUUUGUCUACCCGAUUAUAUUGGAAACCCGUAUGAAGGAUGUCGACCUGAAUGUAUUUUAAAUUCGGAUUGCGCACCAAAUUUAGCUUGCAUGAAUAGUAAAUGCAAAGAUCCGUGUCCAGGAACAUGCGGACAGAACGCGAAUUGCCAAGUUAUUAACCAUCUUCCGUCUUGUGUUUGUCAACCUGGCUACAGUGGCGAUCCGUUCCGUUACUGUAAUCCGUUCAUUGAACCGGUUAAUAAACGCCCCACCGAUGUCUGCCAGAUUUCUCCUUGUGGUCCCAAUAGUCAGUGUAAGGAAGCAAACGGACAGGCUGUCUGCUCAUGCUCCCCAGGCUACAUUGGAAGUCCACCCGCGUGCAGGCCAGAAUGUGUCGUAAGCUCCGAAUGCCCACUACAUCAAGCUUGUGUGCAGCAAAAAUGCGUCGACCCUUGUCCGGGAGUUUGUGGACUUAACGCCAAAUGUCACGUAAUUAAUCACAGCCCGUUGUGCAGCUGCAGCUUUGAUUAUACUGGCGAUCCGUUUUCGCGAUGUUUCCCUGCACCUCCACCGCGCUUACCCGAAACGCCAUUAAUUAGAGAACCAUGCGCUCCAUCGCCGUGCGGGCCUAACUCCGAAUGUCGAGACAUUGGAGGAUCCCCAUCGUGUUCUUGCCUUGCGACUUACAUUGGAAGCCCGCCGAACUGUAGACCAGAAUGCUCGAUAAAUUCGGAAUGUUCCAGCAACCUGGCGUGCAUUCAGGAAAAAUGUAGAGACCCGUGUUUGGGUUCCUGCGGAUUGGGAGCGAAGUGUAAUGUUUUCAAUCACAUCCCCAUCUGUUUGUGUCCAGACGAAUAUACUGGAGAUCCGUUUUCGAACUGCUAUCCCAAACCUCCAGUUGAACCCGGCCCAGUGAAAUCUGAUCCGUGCACUCCUUCACCCUGUGGCCCCAACGCCGAAUGUAACCAAGGUACUUGUACCUGUCUACCAGAAUACCAAGGGGACCCAUAUCGUGGAUGCAGACCAGAAUGCGUAUUAAACAGUGACUGCAGCAGAAACAUGGCGUGCUUGCGAAAUAAGUGCAUUGAUCCAUGUCCUGGUACUUGCGGUCAAGACGCCAUCUGUACGGUGGUGAACCACGUCCCGAUGUGCUCCUGUCCCGAAGAGUUCACCGGCAACGCAUUUGUUUCGUGCAAUAAAUUUAUAGUUGAAAUACGAAAUCCAUGCUUACCAUCACCCUGUGGCCCGAACAGCCAGUGUCGCGAGAUUAACAGUCAAGCUGUUUGCUCUUGCGUGCCCGGAUUUAUUGGAAGCCCUCCCACUUGCCGUCCAGAAUGCGUCGUUAGCACCGAAUGUCCCUUAAACCAAGCGUGCGUCAAUCAGAAAUGCAUCGAUCCUUGUCCUGGCACGUGUGGAUUAAACGCACUUUGCCAAGUGCUCAACCAUAAUCCGAUAUGUAGUUGUCCCACCGAUCUUUCCGGUGAUCCAUUUUCGCGAUGUUUCAAAACACCGACAGAACAACCGGUGGCACAAAUCAAUCACUGCCAACCGUCGCCAUGCGGACCUUAUUCUGAAUGUAAAGUUGCGGGUGAUUCGCCUUCCUGUUCGUGCCUACCCGACUUUAUCGGAGUUCCUCCGAAUUGUCGGCCGGAGUGUGUCAGUAACAGCGAAUGUGCUAGCAAUUUGGCUUGCAUUAAUCAGAAGUGCAAAGAUCCGUGUGUUGGGGUGUGCGGACAAAAUGCCGAAUGUAGAGUUGUGAGUCACACGCCAAACUGCGUUUGUAUUGGAGGUUAUGCCGGAGAUCCUUUCACUUACUGCACAGAAAAUUCAAAACUUCCCCAAGAGACAUUAACGCCCUGCCAGCCUUCACCUUGUGGAGUAAACGCUCAGUGUAAAGAACGAAAUGGUGCCGGUGCCUGUACUUGCUUGCCAGAAUUUAUCGGAAAUCCAUACGAAGGGUGUCGACCUGAGUGUGUGUUAAACUCAGAUUGUCCAUCGAACCGCGCAUGUAUUAAUGGCAAAUGUCAAGAUCCCUGUCCGGGAACGUGCGGUCAAAGCGCCAAUUGCCAUGUGAUCAAUCACUUACCAUCAUGUACCUGUAUCGUGGGAUACACUGGAGAUCCAUUUAGAUAUUGCCACAUAAUCGCAGAGAUAGAAAUUAUAGAAACUCCGAAACAGCCUUGUACACCAUCGCCUUGUGGACCAAACAGUCAAUGUCGCGUAGUUAACGAGCAGGCAGUUUGUUCUUGCCUGCCAAAUUUCCGUGGAAAUCCACCUUCGUGUCGUCCAGAGUGUGUGGUUAGCUCGGAAUGUCCCCUAAAUAAAGCGUGCGUUGACCAAAAGUGUACUGAUCCUUGCCCGGGAGUUUGUGGCCUUCAAGCAAACUGCGAGGUGAUCAAUCACAGUCCCAUUUGUAGCUGCCAGUUUGGAUAUACGGGGGAUCCAUUUACGCGGUGCUUCCCAGCGCCCACCAUAACACCUCUUCCAAAACCAGCUGAUGUUAAUCCAUGUGUCCCUUCACCUUGCGGACCGAACUCUCAAUGUAGAACAAUUGGAGAAUCACCAGCUUGUUCUUGUUUACCUAAUUACGUAGGUAAUGCUCCCAACUGCAGACCAGAAUGUACCAUUAGUGCCGAAUGUCCCAGCACCAAAGCCUGUAUUCGAGAGAAAUGUAGAGACCCAUGUCCUGGAUCGUGUGGCAUCGGUGCGAGGUGCACUGUUAUUAACCACACUCCCGUGUGCAGUUGUCUGGAAGAUUACAUAGGAGAUCCCUUCAGUAAUUGUUAUCCCAAGCCUCCACCACCUAAGACACCUGAAGUAAAGGACGCGUGUAAUCCAUCGCCUUGCGGAUCAAAUGCACAAUGCCACAAUGGCGAAUGCACUUGUUUGGAUGAGUACCAUGGAGAUCCUUAUAGAGGUUGCAGACCUGAAUGUGUUUUAAACUCCGACUGUCCGAAAACACAGGCGUGUGUGCGUAACAAAUGCGUAGAUCCGUGUAUCGGCACUUGUGGUCAAAACGCCGAGUGUAACGUGAUCAAUCACAUUCCAAUGUGCAUCUGUACCAAAGGAUACGCAGGAAACGCCUUCAUUAUUUGUUCACCUGUGAUAGAACCUACCAAGCUCCACCCUUGCAACCCCACCCCUUGUGGCCCCAACAGCCAAUGCAGAGAAAUCAACGAGCAAGCUGUGUGUUCGUGCGUACCCGGUUUUAUUGGUACUCCACCAACUUGUAGACCAGAGUGCGUCCUCAGCUCGGAUUGCGCAUUGAAUCGAGGGUGUGUGAAUCAGAAGUGUAUAGAUCCAUGCGCAGGCAUAUGCGGGGCUUCUGCAAUUUGCCAGGUGGUAAAUCAUAAUCCCAUAUGUAGUUGCCCACCACAGUACACAGGAGAUCCUUUUGUUCGAUGUCUCUUCGAUGAACCAAUUUUGGUCCCAGUUGAUCCAUGCAAACCAUCGCCAUGCGGUCCGCAUUCCCAGUGCAAAGUUUCAGGAGAAUCGCCUUCGUGUUCUUGCCUACCUACCUACAUUGGACAACCUCCCAACUGCAGGCCCGAAUGUGUCAGUAGUAAUGAGUGCUCUACACAUCUGGCGUGCAUAAAUCAAAAAUGCGUUGACCCCUGCCCCGGUAUCUGCGGUAUAAACGCCGAAUGCCGAGUGGUUAGCCAUACUCCCAACUGCGUAUGCAUCAAUGACUACACCGGAGAUCCGUUCACCCAAUGCAUUCCGCGCGCAAUUUCUCCGACAAAGGAGCAUUUAUCGCCCUGCGUUCCCAACCCUUGCGGCGCAAACGCACAAUGCAGGGAGCAAAACGGUGCCGGUUCCUGCAUCUGCCUCUCAGAGUACAUUGGAAAUCCUUACGAAGGUUGUCGACCGGAAUGUACAUUAAAUUCGGAUUGCCCAUCAAAUCAAGCGUGCAUCAAAAAUAAGUGUGAAGAUCCCUGUCCUGGAGUUUGUGGCCAGAAUGCCGAUUGUCAAGUUAUAAAUCAUCUGCCUGCUUGCACGUGCAGAGCGAGCUUUACAGGGGAUCCAUUCCGGUUUUGCAAAUAUGAAGAACCUCCAAAACCUGAAACCCCUAAACAAACUUGCCACCCCUCACCUUGUGGACCAAAUAGUCAGUGCCGCGAAGUCAACGGUCAACCAGUUUGUUCUUGUUUGCCCAAUUAUUCAGGUUCCCCACCAGGCUGUAGGCCUGAAUGUGUUGUCAGCUCAGAGUGCGCAUCAUCCAAGGCCUGCGUCAAUCAAAAGUGUACAGAUCCCUGCGUGGGCGUUUGCGGUUUAAACGCAAAAUGUCAAGUGAUCAAUCACAGCCCGAUUUGUAGUUGCGAAGCGAGAUACAGCGGCGAUCCAUUUACUCGCUGUUACCAGGCGCCUACUCCACAACCUGCGAUUACUCGACCGGCCGAUCUAAAUCCCUGCGUACCUUCUCCUUGCGGUCCCAACUCGCAGUGCCGCAAUGUUGGAGACAUACCUUCGUGUACUUGCCUACCUGAAUACACAGGCAGCCCGCCUAAUUGCCGUCCCGAGUGUACCAUUAACUCGGAGUGUCCCACUGUUAAAACCUGCAUUAGAGAGAAAUGCAGAGAUCCGUGUCCAGGUUUAUGCGGAAUGAACGCACGUUGUAGUGUAAUUAAUCACACUCCGAUUUGCGUUUGUCCGGAGGGCUUUACAGGUGAUCCGUUCAGUAGCUGCAACCCGAAACCUCCCCAUGUAGAACCAACCAAAAAGGAUCCAUGUAACCCUUCACCGUGCGGUUCCAAUGCCCAAUGUCACUCUGGCGUUUGUACUUGCAUUUCUGAGUACCAAGGUGAUCCGUACCAAGGCUGUAGACCUGAAUGCGUCUUAAAUUCAGAUUGCGACAAAUCGAAAGCUUGUAUCAGGAGUAAAUGUGUCGAUCCUUGCAUUGGAACUUGCGCUAGCAACGCAGAAUGUCUUGUCGUUAAUCAUAUCCCUAUGUGUAGUUGUCCCCGAGGUUACACAGGAAGUGCGUUUGUUUCGUGCCACUUACUUCCAGAACCAGCCCCAAUUCAUCCGUGCAGCCCUUCACCAUGUGGUCCAAACAGUUUGUGUCGCGAAAUUAAUGGCCAAGGCGUUUGUUCGUGCGUUAUGGGUUACAUUGGAAGCCCACCAAAUUGUAGGCCGGAAUGUGUGAGUAGCGCAGAGUGCGCUUUGAAUUUUGCAUGCGUCAAUCAAAAAUGUAUCGACCCUUGUCCUGGCACUUGUGGAAUUGGUGCAACGUGUCAGGUUGUAAACCACAAUCCGAUAUGUAGCUGCCCAUCACAAUAUUCAGGAGAUCCAUUUACUCGCUGUCUCCUAUUAAAAGAAGAACAACCACCGAUCCUUAACCCGUGCCAGCCUUCUCCUUGUGGUCCAUAUUCGCAAUGCAAAGUCUCGGGAGACUCGCCCUCUUGCUCAUGUUUACCGCAGUUCAUUGGCGCGCCUCCAAAUUGUCGACCGGAAUGUGUGAGCAACAGCGAGUGUCCCAGCCAUUUCGCCUGCAUGAACCAAAGAUGCCAGGAUCCUUGUCCCGGAGCGUGUGGUACAAAUGCAGAAUGUCGCGUUGUCAGUCAUACACCGAAUUGUGUUUGCAUUUUGGACUAUGCCGGUGAUCCGUUUACCAGAUGCGAGCCUAGGUUAACUCCUGUUGCUGUCGAGCAGCGCACGCCUUGUGUUCCCUCCCCGUGCGGAUCUAACGCGAUUUGUAAGGAACGUAACGGAGCCGGUUCAUGUUCUUGUCUUGAUGAUUACGUGGGAAAUCCCUACGAAGGCUGUCGGCCAGAAUGUGUUUUGAAUUCCGACUGUCCAUCCAACUUGGCUUGCAUUCGGAGCAAAUGCCAAAAUCCGUGCCCUGGCACUUGUGGUCAGAACGCGGAAUGCCAAGUAAUUAAUCAUCUCCCUUCGUGUAUCUGCACUGUUGGCUUUACUGGAGAUCCAUUUAAGUAUUGCAACCGUGCAUCAGCCGAAACGAUUCCACCAGAAGCACGAAAUCCUUGUGCCCCGUCUCCUUGUGGCCCGAACAGUCAAUGCAAGGAAGUGAAUCAGCAAGCUGUAUGUUCCUGUUUACCUACUUACAUUGGAACCCCUCCAGGUUGUAGACCAGAAUGUACAGUAAGUUCCGAGUGUCCAUCGAAUAAGGCGUGUAUUAAUCAAAAAUGCGACGAUCCUUGUGUUGCCACCUGUGGUUUGCAAUCGAAAUGCACCGUUAUUAACCAUAGUCCGAUAUGCAGCUGCUCACCCGGAUAUACCGGAGAUCCAUUCACCAGAUGUUACUCUAUUCCGCCUGCUCCCUUAACGCCUACAACUCCAAUUGUAGUCAAUCCAUGCGUGCCGUCCCCGUGCGGGCUACACUCGCAAUGUCGCGACGUAGGGGGCAUUCCAUCGUGCUCUUGUCUGUCUAAUUAUAUUGGCACUCCGCCAAAUUGUCGCCCAGAAUGUACGAUCAACGCGGAAUGUUCCAGCAAUUUGGCGUGUAUAAAGGAAAAAUGUAGAGACCCGUGUCUCGGUUCUUGCGGUGUUUCGGCACACUGUAGCGUUAUCAAUCAUACACCUAUUUGCACAUGCUCUGAAGGUUAUACUGGUGAUCCGUUUAGUAGUUGCCACCCGCAGCCACCACCGAAAAAACACGAAGAGGAGGAUCCUUGUCACCCAUCACCUUGUGGUGCAAACGCUCAGUGUAAUUCAGGAACUUGCACAUGUCUGCCAGAGUACCAAGGGGAUCCGUACCGAGGGUGCAGACCCGAAUGUGUUUUGAGUACCGAUUGUGCACGUGACAAAGCUUGCAUAAGAAGCAAGUGUGCUGAUCCUUGCCCCGGGACUUGUGGAGUAAACGCCGAAUGCUCAGUUAUCAAUCACGUUCCGAUGUGCUCUUGUCUUUCUGGUUUUAGUGGAAACGCUUUCACAUCCUGUACUCGCAUUCCAGAGCCUACAGUUAAUGUAAACCCUUGUCACCCAUCUCCAUGCGGCCCCAACAGCCAAUGUCGGCAGAUAAAUGAUCAGGCUGUCUGCUCCUGCGUGCCCGGAUACAUUGGAUCACCGCCAACUUGCAGACCGGAGUGUGUUGUCAGCUCGGAGUGCUCUCUGAACGAGGCUUGCGUUAAUCAAAAAUGCGUUAAUCCUUGCCUCGGCACUUGCGGUAUUCAUGCCGUUUGCCAGGUCGUAAAUCACAAUCCGAUAUGCAGCUGUGCCCUCCAAUACACCGGAGAUCCAUUCACGAGAUGCCACAUUAUACGAGAAAUUGAGAAACCAAAGAAUCCUUGUCAGCCGUCCCCUUGUGGGCCAAACUCUCAAUGUAAGAUCACAGGCGACUCGCCUUCUUGCUCUUGCCUUCCCGAGUAUCGAGGGUCGCCACCGAAUUGCAAACCGGAAUGUAUUAGUAACAACGAAUGCGCCUUUAAUUUGGCUUGCAUCAAUACCAAAUGUCAAGACCCGUGCCCUGGCAGUUGUGGACUUAACGCCGAAUGCCGCGUCGUUAGUCAUACCCCGACAUGCGUUUGUCAUCCGAAUCAUUUCGGAGAUCCUUUCGUGCAAUGCCAUCUACAAUCACCUGAUGUUCAGGAGAUUAGAACACCUUGCACUCCGUCACCGUGUGGAAUUAACGCUCAGUGCAGAGAACAAAACGGAGCCGGCGCGUGUAUUUGCCUUCCAGAAUACGUGGGUAAUCCUUACGAGGGAUGCCGGCCGGAAUGUACCCGAAACUCAGAUUGUCCAUCGAACCGAGCGUGCGUUAGAAACAAGUGCAUUGAUCCUUGUCCCGGAACGUGUUCACAGAACGCAGACUGUCAAGUGGUUAACCAUCUUCCGUCGUGUACGUGCAGAACAGGAUACACUGGUGAUCCUUUCAGCUAUUGCACUGUUAUAAAAGAGGAAGACAACAUCAAACACUCUACAGAUUUGUGUAAUCCAUCCCCAUGCGGGCCUAACAGUAGGUGUCGCGUGGUUAACGAACAAGCCGUUUGCACUUGCCUCCCUGAAUUUAUCGGAAAUCCACCCAGUUGCCGCCCCGAAUGCGUAGUCAGCACUGAGUGUCCACAAGACAAGGCAUGUUUGAAUAGGAAAUGUGUCGAUCCCUGCCCGGGUACUUGUGGCGUUAACGCCAAAUGUCAAGUUAUCAAUCACAGCCCCAUCUGCAGCUGCACAUCUGGAAAUACCGGCGAUCCAUUUGUCAACUGCCACCGUGUACCUCCUGUAGAAAUCACGGUUUAUCCAACUCGCAACCCGUGUGUACCUUCUCCUUGUGGACCCAACUCGCAGUGUCGCGAAAUUGGAGACUCGCCGUCUUGCUCCUGUCAAUUGGGCUAUACGGGGAGCCCACCCAAUUGCCGACCCGAAUGCGUAAUUAACUCAGAAUGUCCCAGCAACUUAGCGUGUAUGAACGAGAAGUGUCGAGAUCCCUGCCCGGGCUCCUGUGGUACUGGUGCAUCGUGCAGCGUUAUCAACCACACCCCUACGUGUGUUUGCUACGAGGGUUACACUGGAGAUCCGUUUAGUAGUUGCUAUCCCAAACCACCACCCAAGAUUCCUGAGAAACCCGAUCCAUGUUACCCGUCGCCUUGCGGACCCAACGCUGAAUGCCGCGAAGGUGUUUGUACCUGUUUGGUCGAAUACCAAGGCGAUCCGUAUCGUGAAUGUAGACCUGAGUGCGUUUUGAACAAUGAUUGCCCCAAGACCUUGGCAUGUAUUAGAAACAAAUGCGUCGAUCCAUGCCCAGGAACUUGCGGGCAAAACGCAGAGUGUAGCGUUAUAAAUCACAUACCAACCUGCGUAUGCGCAACUGGUUUCAAAGGAAACGCAUUUGCUUUCUGCCAACGUUUUGAAGAACCAACCGAAACUCAUCCGUGUAGUCCAUCUCCUUGCGGGCCCAACAGCCAGUGCAGAGAGAUAAAUGGACAGGCAGUUUGCUCAUGCGUCGCUGGUUACCUAGGUACCCCUCCCACUUGUCGCCCUGAGUGUGUAGUCAGCUCUGAGUGUUUCCCGAACCAAGCGUGUAGUAACCAGAAGUGUAUCGACCCCUGCCCCGGCACAUGCGGUGUUAACGCUUUGUGCCAGGUUGUAAACCACAACCCCAUCUGCAGUUGUGCACCUCAAUAUUCAGGGGAUCCAUUUAUCAGAUGUCAUCUAAUUAUUGAACCACCAGUUAGGCUACCCACAGACCCUUGCCAACCGUCACCAUGUGGUCCAAACUCCCAGUGUAAGGUCGUAAACGAGUCACCGUCUUGUUCCUGUCUGGCAAAUUACAUUGGUACACCGCCCAAUUGCAAACCCGAGUGCAUAACCAACAACGAAUGUCUCAACCACUUAGCCUGUAUCGAUCAAAAAUGCAAAGAUCCCUGCGCUGGUAUUUGCGGGUUAAACGCGGAAUGUCGCGUUGUCAGUCAUACGCCUAACUGCAUAUGUCUGAACGGAUUCCUUGGGGACCCCUUCACGCAAUGCAAUCAAAUUGAAAACAAACCUAUCGAAGUACGAACUCCCUGCGUGCCAACGCCGUGCGGAACGAACGCAAUUUGUAAAGAACGCAACGGAGCGGGAUCGUGCCUAUGCCUUCCCGAUUACAUUGGAAACCCGUACGAAGGAUGCCGGCCCGAAUGCGUCCUAAACUCAGACUGCCCCUCGAAUAGGGCGUGCAUCAGAAAUAAGUGUCAAGACCCCUGCCCCGGAACUUGCGGACAAAAUGCGGAUUGCCAAGUUGUCAACCACCUACCUUCGUGUACCUGUAGAUUAGGCUACACUGGCGAUCCCUUCGCCUAUUGCAAUAUCGCGCCUCCAGAACCGACAACACCUCUUAAUCCUUGCAAUCCAUCACCUUGCGGACCAAACAGUCAAUGUCGUGAGAUUAACAGCCAGGCAGUUUGCUCGUGUUUGCCUACUUAUGUCGGCAGUCCUCCUGGUUGUCGACCUGAAUGUGUAGUAAGCAGCGAAUGUCCACCAAACAAAGCUUGCAUCAAUCAGAAGUGCGCCGAUCCUUGCGAAGGAGCAUGUGGGCUCAAUACCAAAUGUGAAGUUAUCAAUCACAGCCCGAUAUGUAGCUGUAACUUCGACUACACUGGCGAUCCGUUCAGUCGAUGCUACCCAAUGCCUUCGCCAACCCCUGACCCCAAGCCCGCGUUCGUGGAUCCGUGCGUUCCUUCACCUUGUGGCGCCAAUGCGGAGUGCAGAAGCGUCGGCGAUACGCCUUCGUGCUCCUGCCUCUCCGAAUAUAUUGGAAGUCCACCAAAUUGCAGGCCCGAAUGCGUGAUUAACUCGGAAUGUCCUAGCAGUCAGGCUUGCAUUAGACAGAAAUGUAGAGAUCCGUGUCCGGGCUCGUGCGGUGUAGAAGCGCGUUGUAGCGUUAUCAAUCAUACGCCGAUUUGCGCUUGUCCCGAUGGGUAUUCGGGCGAUCCUUUCAAUAAUUGCUUCAGACAACCACCGAUUCCAAAACCAGUCGAAGAUCCAUGCCAUCCCUCACCUUGUGGGGCCAACACUAAUUGCGACAAAGGAAUUUGCACUUGCUUACCGGAAUACUUCGGAGAUCCGUAUCGAGGUUGUAGACCUGAGUGUGUAUUAAAUACUGAUUGCUCCAAAGACAAGACGUGCAUUAGGAAUAAAUGCACGGAUCCUUGCCCCGGAACCUGCGGACAAAACGCUGAGUGUACGGUUAUUAACCAUAUUCCUACUUGCGCGUGUCGAACCGGGUUUGUAGGAAACGCCUUCUUAGUAUGCUCUGAAGCCAAAGUACCUCAAGUGCUAAACCCUUGCAGUCCUUCACCUUGCGGUCCCAACAGUCAGUGUCGAGCAAUAAAUGAUCAAGCCGUUUGUUCUUGCGUGCUCGGAUUUAGUGGCAGCCCACCUAACUGUCGGCCUGAAUGCGUUGUAAGCGCAGAGUGUGGUUUAAACCAAGCCUGUAUUAACCAAAAGUGUAUGGAUCCAUGUCUGGGAACUUGUGGCAUUUCGGCUAUUUGCCAAGUGGUUAAUCACAAUCCCAUUUGCAGUUGCCCACCGCGUUAUAGUGGAGAUCCGUUCACCAGAUGUGUGCUGAUUCAUGAGCCCAUAACUCCACCAAUAAACCCUUGCCAACCGUCACCAUGCGGACCAUACUCACAAUGCCAAGCUGUUGGCGAUUCGCCUUCGUGCUCUUGCCUUCCAGAGUAUCGGGGAACACCACCGAACUGCAAACCGGAAUGUGUCAGUAGUUCUGAAUGUUCAAGCCACUUGGCGUGUAUCAACAAAAAAUGUCAAGAUCCGUGCGCGAACGCGUGUGGAGUUAACGCAGAAUGCCGCGUGGUUAGUCACACCCCGAAUUGCAUAUGCAUCAACGGAUACACAGGAGACGCCUUCCUUCAGUGCACUCUUGAACCUGAACUUCCCACGCGAAAUCAGAUAACACCUUGCAUCCCUUCGCCUUGUGGCUCCAACGCGGUAUGCCGAGAACACAACGGUGCCGGAGCGUGCAGCUGCAAAGAUCAAUAUAUUGGAAACCCUUACGAAGGCUGUCGACCGGAAUGCGUGCUAAAUUCAGAUUGUGGUUCCAACCACGCCUGCAUCAACAACAAAUGUCAAGAUCCUUGCCCCGGAACCUGCGGGCUCAAUUCACUCUGCCAAGUAAUCAACCACUUACCCUCGUGCCUUUGUAUCUCUGGAUAUACAGGCGAUCCGUUUAGAUACUGCAGUCCUGUGGAGCCGACAAGUAAAUAUUUAAGCGCGCCCAUUACUUUGACUGACACAAAAUUUUUAGUUGAAAAGCCGAGACCAGCAAACGUAUGCGAGCCAUCGCCUUGUGGCCCGAACAGCCAAUGUCGCGAAGUAAACACUCAAGCCGUCUGUUCAUGUCUCCCCGAGUAUAUUGGAAGUCCACCUGGAUGUCGACCCGAAUGUGUGGUCAGUUCGGAGUGUGAUCUACGCAAAGCUUGCGUCAACCGGAAGUGUGUCGACCCUUGUCCUGGUACUUGCGGCCUUAACAGUAGAUGCGAGACGAUCAACCACAGUCCCAUUUGUAGCUGUAAUAGCGGAUACAUUGGCGAUCCGUUUACCAGAUGCUAUCUUCAACCCGUUGUCGAGCCACCAAGACGUGUAGAUCCCUGCGCGCCGUCACCUUGCGGCCCCAAUUCACAAUGUAGAGAUAUUGGCGGUUCGCCUUCGUGCUCGUGUCUGGCUGGUUUCACAGGAAGUCCCCCGAACUGCAAACCGGAAUGUGUAGUCAACUCUGAGUGUGCUAGCAGUCGUGCUUGCAUGCGAGAAAAAUGCAUGGACCCUUGUCCGGGAUCAUGCGGGCUUAACGCGCGGUGUGUUGUCAUAAAUCACACACCUGUAUGCACUUGCCCCGAUGAGUAUACAGGCGAUCCAUUCAAUAAUUGUUACCCGAAACCACCUCCGAAAAUACCAGAAAAACGAGACCCGUGCAAUCCGUCACCCUGUGGACCCAACGCUCACUGCAAUCUCGGUAUAUGCACUUGCCUAGUCGAUUACCAAGGUGAUCCUUACACUGGAUGCCGACCUGAGUGUGUUUUGAACGACGAUUGUGCCAAGGAUAAGACUUGCAUCAGGAGCAAAUGUGUAGAUCCUUGUCCGGGAACAUGCGGACAGAAUGCUGAGUGCACUGUGGUGAAUCACAUACCUACCUGCAGUUGUAUUCGCGGUUACGUUGGAAACGCCUUCGUGUUAUGUAACGAAGUUAAAGAAAUUGUGCCUGAGAACCCCUGCCAUCCGUCGCCGUGCGGCCCGAACAGUCAAUGUAGGAGCAUCAACGGACAGAGUGUCUGUUCGUGCGUGCCCGGUUUUAUCGGCAGCCCACCGACCUGCAGACCGGAAUGCGUAGUCAGCUCGGAAUGUCAACUGAACGAGGCUUGCGUCAAUCAGAAAUGUAUCGAUCCAUGUCCCGGUACUUGCGGAAUAGGAGCCAACUGUCAGGUGGUAAACCACAAUCCGAUAUGCAGCUGUCCCCAGAGGUUCACCGGGGAUGCGUUCACGCGCUGCUAUCAAAUUCCUGAGGUUGUGGAAACUCCGAAGAAUCCUUGCGUACCGUCGCCGUGCGGGCCAAAUUCGCAAUGUACGAUUGCGACCCAUGGACAGUCGUGCGCUUGCCUACCUGGAUUUAUCGGAUCGCCACCAAACUGUCGACCUGAAUGUGUGAGCAACAGCGAAUGUUCGAGUCAUCUGGCCUGUAUUAAGAGCAAAUGCGUGGACCCUUGUCCCGGUUCGUGUGGAGUUAAUUCUGAAUGUCGUGUUGUGAGUCAUACUCCAAACUGCGCGUGCCUUUCUGGGUACGAAGGUAAUCCGUUUGUAAGCUGCGAGUUGAAGAGGGAAGUUAUAAAACCAGUAGACCGACCAACGCCAUGCGUACCAUCACCUUGUGGGGCUAACGCUCAAUGUAGAGAGCAGAACGGUGCUGGUUCUUGCACUUGCCUGCCUGGGUACAUUGGAAACCCAUACGAAUCAUGUCGUCCGGAAUGUAUAUUAAACUCUGAUUGUCCUUCGGAUAAAGCAUGUAUUCAGACGAAAUGUCAAGAUCCUUGUCCGGGAACAUGUGGUCAGAAUGCUGAUUGUCACGUUAUUAACCACCUUCCCUCUUGCUCUUGUAAGAACAGUUACACUGGUGAUCCAUUCAGAUAUUGCAACGUUAUUCAACCUGACCGUACUCCUUCACCUGCCAAUACUUGUAAUCCAUCUCCCUGCGGACCAAAUAGUCAAUGUCGCGAGAUUAACGAACAGGCAGUUUGCUCUUGCCUUCCGAAUUACAUUGGUAGUCCUCCAAGCUGUCGACCAGAAUGCACAGUCAGUUCCGAAUGCUUACUCAACCAAGCCUGCAUUAAUCAAAAGUGUGCGGAUCCUUGCCCAGGAAGUUGCGGAUUGUACAGCGAAUGCGAGGUUGUAAACCACAGCCCCAUUUGUAGUUGCAAAGUGAGCUACACAGGGGAUCCAUUUACAAGAUGUUACCCUAUGCCAACGCCACCUCCAACUCCGAAACCCGCGGAAAAUCCAUGCGUGCCAUCGCCUUGUGGCCCGAACUCUCAGUGUCAUGACAUUGGGGGCUCACCUGCGUGUUCGUGUCUGGCAAAUUACAUUGGAAGCCCGCCUAAUUGCAAACCGGAAUGUUCGAUCAAUGCUGAAUGUCCUAGCAAUUUUGCCUGUAUUCGCGAGAAAUGUCGAGAUCCUUGCCCAGGCUCUUGCGGUGUAGCUGCUUACUGCACUGUUUUCAAUCACAUUCCUGUGUGUAUCUGCAAUGAAGGUUUUACCGGGGAUCCAUUUAAUCAAUGUCAUAAAACGCCGCAAAUUCUACCGCCAGAGAAAGCCGAUCCUUGUAACCCAUCACCUUGCGGCUCUAACGCUCAAUGUCACAAUGGGGUUUGCUCUUGCCUCCCCGAAUAUCAAGGUGAUCCUUAUAGAGGAUGUAGACCCGAGUGUGUAUUAAAUACAGAUUGCGCCAAGGACAAGGCUUGCAUACGAAACAAGUGUGUUGAUCCAUGCCCAGGAACGUGCGGCCAAAAUGCAGAAUGUGCAGUUCUCAAUCAUAUACCAACGUGUACAUGUCUACGAAACUUUGUAGGCAACGCUUUUGUCUUCUGCCAUGAAUUUAAAGAACCAGUUGAAAAACACCCAUGUCAGCCUUCACCAUGCGGCCCGAACAGUCAGUGUCGAGAAAUUAAUGAUCAGGCCGUUUGCUCAUGCGUACCUGGAUUUAUGGGUAGUCCACCAAAUUGUAGACCAGAAUGUGUUGUUAGUGCAGAAUGCCAACUCAAUCAAGCUUGUGUUAACCAAAAGUGCAUUGAUCCUUGCCCGGGAACAUGCGGCAUUGCCGCCGAUUGCCAAGUGGUAAAUCAUAACCCAAUUUGCAGUUGCCCACUUAAAUACUCGGGAGAUCCAUUUACCAGAUGUUACCCAAUAAUUGAAGAACCGGAACGGAAACCGAUGAAUCCAUGCCAACCAUCACCGUGUGGUUCCAAUGCACAAUGUAAAGUCAUAGGUGACUCGCCUUCUUGCUCAUGUUUGCCCGACUUUAUUGGUGCCCCUCCUAAUUGUCGACCAGAAUGCGUUAGUAACAGCGAGUGCCUCAGCCACCUUGCAUGUAUUAAUCAAAAGUGUAAGGACCCCUGUCCUGGUACCUGUGGUGUUAAUGCAGAGUGUCGGGUUGUUAGUCACACUCCAAACUGUGUGUGCUCCACUGGUUUUAUCGGUGAUCCAUUCACGUACUGCCAAGUACCACCUGAGACGAAACCCGAACGAACCAAUCCCUGCAACCCCUCCCCUUGUGGAGCAAAUGCCGUUUGCAGGGAACGAAACAACGCUGGGUCUUGCAUGUGUCUACCUGAUUAUAUUGGAAAUCCCUACGAAGGUUGUCGCCCUGAGUGUGUCUUAAACUCGGACUGUCCAUCGAAUAGGGCUUGCAUUAGAAACAAAUGCGAAGAUCCGUGUCCAGGCGCGUGCGGCCAAAAUGCCGACUGUCACGUGGUCACGCACCUCCCGUCGUGUUUAUGCCGAAGCGGUUACACUGGAGAUCCAUUCCAGUAUUGUACUUUAACUCCCACCGACACUGGAAAGAAACCGACAAACCUAUGCAAUCCUUCACCCUGUGGACCUAACAGCCAAUGUAGGGAGAUUAACGAGCAGGCGGUUUGCUCGUGUUUACCUAAUUACAUCGGAAAUCCACCUGCUUGCAGACCCGAAUGUACGGUUAGCUCUGAAUGCUCUCUCAACAGGGCGUGUAUCAAUCAGAAGUGUAGCGAUCCUUGCCCGGGAACGUGCGGUCUUAACACGCGAUGCGAAGUGCUAAAUCACAGCCCGAUUUGCAGCUGCAACAUUGGAUACUCAGGAGAUCCAUUCACUCGAUGCUAUCAAAUGCCACCAGAACCUCCAGUAACGCCGCCGAAACCUGUUAACCCCUGCGUGCCGUCGCCUUGCGGACCUUACUCGAUAUGCCAAGAUAUAGGUGGAAUCCCGUCGUGUUCUUGUGUCUCUGGUUACAGCGGAACCCCUCCGAAUUGUAAACCGGAAUGCACGAUUAAUGCCGAAUGUCCAAGUAACAAGGCUUGCAUGAGAGAGAAAUGUCGAGACCCAUGUCCUGGUUCGUGCGGUUUAGGGGCCGAAUGUAGCGUUGUUAAUCACACACCGAUAUGCGUUUGUGCCACCGGUUAUACUGGCGAUCCAUUCAACAACUGCCGGUUAUUGCCUCCUCUACCUCCUGCCAAAGUAGAUCCAUGCGAACGUCGACCUUGCGGACCUAACGCCCAAUGUUCUGAGGGUGUUUGCACUUGCCUUCCUGAAUACCAAGGAGACCCGUAUAGGGGUUGCAGACCAGAAUGUGUUCUGAACACAGAUUGUCCGAAAAACAGAGCGUGCGUUAGAAACAAAUGUACCGACCCUUGUCCUGGAACUUGCGGGCAAAACGCGGAAUGUGCAGUUAUCAAUCACAUUCCGACCUGUACGUGUCGGCAAGGUUUUGAAGGUAACGCCUUUUUGUUCUGUCAGGAAGUUAGAGUGCCCGAAGUGAAGCGCCCAUGCCAUCCAUCACCGUGCGGCCAGAAUAGUGAAUGUCGAGAAAUAAAUGAACAAGCGGUAUGCUCUUGCGUGCCCGGAUUUAUUGGGGCGCCACCUUCUUGUAGACCAGAAUGUGUGGUUAGUGCUGAGUGUGGUUUAAAUGAGGCUUGUGUAAAUCAGAAGUGUAUCGAUCCAUGCCCAGGCACUUGUGGGUUGCUGGCAUUAUGUCACGUAGUCAACCACAACCCCAUUUGUAGUUGUCCUAGUCGGUACGAAGGAGAUCCGUUCACGAGAUGUGUGCCUAUCCGUAAGCCCUUGAUUAAAAUUGACCGCAAACCGCUUACGUUUAAUAUUUCAGGAGACAUUCCGGUUAAACCGGUCAAUCCUUGCCAACCAUCACCAUGUGGACCAAAUUCAGAGUGCAAAGUUACCGGAGAUUCCCCCUCGUGUACGUGCCUACCUCAGUUCCUCGGAACUCCUCCUAACUGCAGACACGAAUGUGUUAGUAAUACAGAAUGCCAGUCGCAUUUGGCCUGUAUCAAUAACAGGUGCAAGGACCCAUGCCCAGGAACCUGUGGUGUUAAUACGGAAUGUCGAGUGGUCAGUCAUACUCCUAAUUGUAUGUGUAUGACGGGCUACUUUGGAGAUCCAUUCAGGCAAUGCAACAUCGAAGAAAAACAACCACCGUCCGUUGACCAAAUCAAUCCGUGCUAUCCUUCACCGUGCGGCUCCAAUGCUAUUUGCAAAGAAAGAAAUGGUGCCGGAUCGUGCACUUGCUUUGACAGCUACAUUGGUAACCCAUACGAGGGAUGUAGACCCGAGUGCACUCUCAAUUCCGAUUGCCCAUCCAAUAAAGCCUGCAUUCAAACAAAAUGCCAAGAUCCGUGCCCUGGAACCUGUGGACAAAACGCGGAUUGUUACGUCAUCAAUCAUUUACCAUCAUGCACAUGCAGACAUGGAUUCUCAGGGGAUCCCUUCACUUACUGCAGCGUGUACACGAAACCUGACGAAAAGAAACCAGUGAAUCUCUGCAACCCAUCACCGUGCGGCGCAAACAGUCAAUGUCGUGAACUAAAUGAGCAAGCGAUCUGUUCGUGCUUGCCAAGUUAUAUCGGAGCGCCCCCGAAUUGUCGGCCAGAGUGUACAGUUAGUUCCGAAUGCCCCCUUUCCAAAGCUUGUCUCAAUCAAAAAUGUGUCGAUCCGUGCCCGGGAACUUGCGGAAUUAAUGCCAGAUGCGAAGUUAUUAAUCACAAUCCUAUUUGCAGCUGCAAUGUAGGAUAUUCUGGUGAUCCAUUUACCAGAUGCAUCGUGAUAACAACUCCACCGGAACCACGUCCCCAGCACCCUUGCAUACCAUCACCGUGUGGUCCUUACUCGCACUGCCGUGAAGUUGGCGAGUCACCUUCGUGCUCUUGCAUCGCGGGUUACAUUGGCUCACCUCCGAAUUGUCGCCCUGAGUGUUCGGUCAACUCCGAAUGUUCCAGUAAUUUGGCAUGUAUCAAAGAAAAGUGUAGAGACCCUUGCAUUGGAUCGUGCGGUGUAAAUGCCAAGUGUAGCGUUAUUAAUCAUACACCAAUUUGCACAUGUCCAGAUGGAUUCAUUGGUAACUCCUUUGAUAUCUGUCAUCCUGAACCGAAAAAACCGCCUGCACCUGUAAAUCCAUGCAACCCCUCACCUUGUGGACCAAACGCGGACUGUCGCGAUGGAAUAUGUACGUGUAUAACGAGUUACUUCGGAGACCCAUAUCGACAAUGUCGACCGGAAUGCGUGCUUAAUACCGACUGUCCUCACAACAGAGCGUGUAUUAACAAUAAGUGCGCCGAUCCCUGCAUUGGCGUAUGUGGUCAAAAUGCGGAUUGUGCGGUCAUAAACCACCUACCCUCUUGUAACUGCGCGGAAGGCUUUAGAGGCGAUCCGUUUAGUUUUUGCCUAAAAUAUGAGCCUCCCGUCGAGAAACAUCCUUGCUCGCCGUCCCCCUGUGGAUCGAACAGCCAGUGUCGAGAAAUCAACGAGCAAGCUGUUUGCUCAUGCCUGCCCGGAUAUAUUGGAAGUCCACCUGUUUGCAAACCGGAAUGUAUUGUCAGCGCUGAGUGCGCUUUGCACCAAGCUUGUGUCAAUAAGAAAUGUGUCGAUCCAUGCCCUGGCACGUGUGGUAUUAACUCUCUCUGCCACGUUGUUAACCAUAACCCGAUUUGCACAUGUCCAACACAAUAUUCUGGCGAUCCGUUUGUUCACUGCCGUGUGAUAAUUGAGCCAAAACCAGAAGUAAAGGAACCGUGUAACCCAUCACCGUGCGGCCCUUACUCACAGUGCCUACCAUCUCCUGAUAAAACUAGUUACACUUGUGCAUGUUUAGAUGGUUACACUGGCCAAGCACCGUAUUGUAGACCGGAGUGUGUUAGCAAUAACGAAUGCCCCACCAGUCUGGCUUGCAUUAACCAGAAGUGUAGAGAUCCCUGUCCGGGAUCGUGCGGUGUUAAUGCUGAAUGUCGCGUGGUAGCUCACGUUCCCAACUGUAUAUGCAUUGACAACUAUAUCGGCGAUCCGUUCACUUACUGUUCGCGUAAACCAAUACAUCCAGUGACACCGAAACCAGAAAACCCAUGUCUUCCGUCACCAUGUGGUGUCCACACACACUGCCGAGUGGAAAACAACUACGCCUAUUGCGAAUGUCUUCCUGACUACCAUGGCAAUCCGCACGAGGGAUGUCGACCUGAAUGCCUAGCCAACUCAGACUGUCCAAUGAGCUUAGCGUGCAUCCGUAACAAAUGCCAAGAUCCAUGCCCGGGAACAUGCGGCGUGGGCGCUUUAUGCACCGUUGGCAAUCACAUACCGAUAUGCUCUUGUCCUGAUGGCUUCACCGGAGACGCGUUCAGAUACUGUUCCUAUAUAACACCAGAAGACAAAACGCCGAAGAAUCCCUGCAAUCCGUCGCCAUGUGGUUUAAACACCGUCUGCAGGGUCUUGAACGACAAUGCGAUAUGCGAGUGUCUGCCAGGAUUCGAAGGCACGCCGUCGACAACUGGCUGCAAACCCGAAUGUACGAUCAGCGCUGACUGUCCCAGAAAUAAGGCGUGCGUCAAUACGAAAUGCGUCGAUCCCUGUCCUGGAGUUUGCGGUUUUGGAGCUGAAUGCUUUACGAUCAACCACAGUCCUGUUUGUAGCUGCCCGCACCCACUAAUCGGAGAUCCGUUCACGUUGUGUACGAAAGAGGAGCCUCAACCUAAGGAUCCGUGCUACCCCUCGCCGUGUCGUACUAACGGCCACUGUAGGGCCGUUAACGGAGCGGCCGUGUGCGUUUAUCCGGAAUGCGUCAUCAAUCAAGACUGUCCACGCGAUCGGGCCUGCUACUCGCAGAAAUGCCACGAUCCCUGCUUAGACGCCUGCGGUUUGAACGCCUUGUGCCAGGUUGUGAACCACAAAGCCAUUUGCUCAUGCCCGACCAACUAUGUGGGAUAUCCCGAAGUGGAAUGCACACUCAAAGUGAAAGAAGAAGUAAAACCGGAAUGCCUCCAAAACUCCGAGUGCACAAAUGAUAAGGCGUGUAUCGAUCAGAAAUGUCGCAAUCCAUGUGAAGACGGUUUCAAUGUGUGUGGACGCAACGCCGAUUGCCGCGUUCAGCUGCAUAGAGCGAUCUGUAUAUGCAGAGAGGGAUACUCUGGCAACGCACAAAGUGCCUGCUUUGAAAUUGGAUGUCGAAGCGAUACCGAAUGUCCGUUUAAUCAGGCGUGUGUUAAUAACGAAUGCGUCGACCCUUGUUCGUACACACAGUGCGGAUUAAGCGCGGUUUGCAGAUCGGACGCUAACCAUAGAGCCAGAUGCUAUUGUCCCGAUCGAUUCAAAGGCGAUCCUUAUGUCCGUUGCGAAAGACCGGAAUGUAUAACGGACGACGAGUGCCCGUUCAAUCUUGCCUGCCAGAAUGAGCGCUGUGAAGAUCCUUGCAAUUGUGGUAGUGGUGCACUAUGCAUCGUUGACAGACAUCGUGCACUGUGCUCGUGUCCACCCGGUUACAUUGGAAAUCCUCUAGAUUCUUGUCAAAUUGAUAAACCAGUCGUUCCUUUGCAAUGUCGAAUUGAUGCCGACUGCGCAAGUAAACUGGCUUGCUUCAACAAUGUUUGCCAAAAUCCGUGCCUGGUAACGAAACCUUGCGGUAUUAACGCGGAAUGUUCCGUAGUCGAUACCUUGCCAUUGCGAACAAUGUCAUGCUUGUGCCUACCAGGUUAUGUAGGUGACGCUGAUGUAGAAUGUAAACAAGUACCGACGGAAGAAGUGGGAUGUAAGAGCAACGACGAUUGCGCGUCUAGCGAGGCCUGUAUUAGGAGACAGUGCGUGAAUCCGUGCACCAUCGGAAAUCUAUGUUCGCUAACCGCCGAAUGCCAUCCAGCCAAUCACAAAGCGGUAUGCCGCUGCCCCAGCGGACUGUACGGCGAUCCGUUUAUCAAGUGCUACGAACGCACCCCUGAGCCAACUCCCGAAUGUAAAAUCGACUCGGAUUGUCCUUCGAAUAAGGCUUGCAGCAAUCAACGGUGUCAAGAUUUGUGCGCGAUAUCCAACGUUUGCGGGUAUCAGGCGGAAUGUCGUAUGCUGCUUCAUAGACCAACUUGCGUCUGUCCGGAUGGUUGGGGUGGUAAUCCACAACGGCAGUGCUAUAAACCUCAAUGUAAAAUAAACGGAGAUUGUCCAUAUGACAAACAAUGCGUCAACGAUAACUGCGUCAACCCUUGCGCUUCGCACUCGUGCGGUCGUGGAGCGGAAUGCAUAGUUACCUACCAUCAAGCACAAUGCCAGUGUCCCGGCGGUACGCAAGGUAAUCCGCUUAGCUCCUGUAUCACAGGAGUAUGUCAAUACAACGAAGACUGCGCCGAUCACGAGGCAUGCGACCGCCUGAACAGAAUUUGCAGAACUGCGUGCGACGGAGAUUCUUGCGCCGAGACCGCAACUUGCGUCGGACGCAACCAUCAACCUCACUGCAAUUGCCCAGCGGGUACAUCUGGGAAUCCCUACGUGCUUUGUUCGGUAGAUGAAGUCAAAUCGACAUGCAAAGGUGACGCAGACUGUCCUUCCCAAUAUGGUUGUGUAAACUCGAAAUGUCAAAAUCUCUGCGGCAUUACCAACAUCUGCAACUUAGACCAAGAGUGUAAAGUGAUCGAUACUUUACCUAUACGCACUGUAAUGUGUCAAUGUCCUUUGGAUACGGUUGCAGACAGCAGUGGACACUGCAAGGCAAUCGGUCCGGAGCAACCUCAAUGCCAUACUGAUUUAGAUUGUAGCGAUUCGGAUAAAUGCAUACAUGAUCGUUGCAUUGAAGCUUGCAAAGUAGAUGGCUGUGGUUACAACGCCCAGUGUAAUUCGGUGCACCAUCAGUCCGUCUGUACUUGCGCCUUUGGCUACUUUGGAAAUCCGCACGUUGAGUGCACUAAUGUGCCAAUUUAUCCACCACCAGUUCCACUACCCGAAUGCUACAAAGAUGACGAUUGUCCAUACUAUGAAAGGUGCAAAAAUGACAUCUGCGUCAAUCCGUGCGUUGUCGACAAACCAUGCGCAAUUGGAGCCUUCUGCUCUGUGAACAAUCAUCGGGCGAUAUGUAUGUGUCCAUCUGGAUACGAAGGCAACCCCAAAUUUGAAUGUAUCCCUCCUAUCGAUAAGGGAAUAGGCUGUAAAUCCAACUCAGAUUGUGCCGGAUCUGAAUCGUGUGUAAAUAGUAGAUGCGUUAGUCCGUGCAACUGUGGCCCCAAUGCGGAGUGUAAAGUGACCAAUCAUUAUCCCAUCUGUUAUUGCAAGUCGGCGUACUUUGGAAAUCCGCAGAUUGGUUGUGUGAAGCUUGGGUGUCAGUCAGAAAACGAAUGCGCCAAUGACCAGCAGUGCUACAAUGGACAAUGCGUGAAUCCGUGUAUUUUGGGAGACCGUUGCGCGAGCACGGCUCUUUGCUAUGGCAGCAACCAUCGUGCCGCAUGUAAAUGUCCUGACGGUUACGCCGGAAAUCCCUUCGACGCUUGCGAAAGAGUGGAAUGUCAUAUUGAUUCCGAUUGUCCGAUUAAUAGAGCGUGUAUUGACCAACGUUGCAUUGAUCCUUGCUCGAGUAUCGCCAAUCCGCCAUGCGCACAAAAUGCCAGAUGUUACGUACAGAAUCACGCUGCGGGUUGUAUAUGCCCGCCUCAUCUACCAGAAGGAAAUCCCCUGACGUACUGCGCACCGAAAAUGACCGAGAUGGGUCGCUAUGAGUGUGAGCAUGACGUAGAUUGCCCCAGCAAGUUGGCGUGCAUUAAAAAUGCUUGUGUCAACCCCUGCGUCGCGUUAGUACCUUGCCAUCCUACCUCGCACUGCAGCGUACUUGAUACCGUACCUGUCCGUACAAUGAUAUGCACAUGUCCCGAUGGAUGGGUGCCUAACGAAAACGGAGAAUGUCACGCUGUUUUAGUACCAGUGCCCCCAGGUUGCUCUUCCGACUCAGACUGCCCAAGCGAUAAGGCUUGCGUAAACAGAAUGUGUCGCAACCCAUGCAACUGCGGCACUGACACCUCUUGUUUUGUCAAAAACCAUCGACCGAUCUGUUCAUGCAAAGACGGUUAUGAGGGUAACCCUAACACUGUAUGUCACAAAGUGGGUUGCCGAUCGAACUCAGAAUGCGAUUCCGGUAAAGCGUGUAUUAACGGAAACUGUCUGAACCCAUGCCUAGUACGCGAUCAGUGCGGAAUUAACGCCGAAUGUUACGUGCGUGGAAACCAACCAGAAUGUCGCUGCGUAAGUGGAUACCGAGGCAAUCCAUAUGAAAGAUGUUUAGUAGUCGGAUGUAGAACAAACAGCGAGUGUCCAGGCGAACGUCAGUGCAUAAACGCACAAUGCGUCAAUCCCUGCGUGUACGAAAACCCAUGCUCGUCAAGAUCCGAAUGCAGAGUACAAAACCACGUGGCGCUAUGCAGAUGUCCACCAGGUUACACCGGAAAUCCUUUCGUUCAGUGUCGUCCUGAACCACAACCCGAAUGUCGGCAGGACCCCGACUGUCCAGCCACCCUCGCUUGCAUCGACAACAAAUGCGGAAAUCCAUGCGAAAUCUUUGAACCAUGCGAAAGACCGGCGACAUGCGAAGUUGCAAGUACUGUACCCCUACGUACAAUGAUUUGUAUUUGCCCGCCUGGCUACAUUAGCAGCGGUAGUGGUACUUGUCAACCCACUAAGGCCGUGAUCGAAGUCGGAACUUGUAAAUCGGACGACGAUUGUCCCAACAAUAAGGCUUGCUAUAACGGCAUAUGCAGGAAUCCAUGCAAUUGCGGACCGAACUCUGAAUGUCUUGUCAAAAAUCACAAACCGAUCUGCAGCUGCAAACCGGGAUACUUUGGUUACGCGGAAAUAGAAUGCGCCGCCGUCGGUUGUCGAUCUAACGACGAUUGUUUGGGUCAUCACUCAUGCGUUAACCGACAGUGCGUACCGGUGUGCGCGACCAACGGAACAUCGUGCGGCAAUCACGCCGAAUGCUACGGACACAAUCAUCGCGCCGUCUGCGAGUGUGCGCCUGGUUUUAUUGGCAACCCCCACGUCGCUUGCGUCGUCAUCGGUUGCCGAUCGAAUCUCGAUUGCCCCACAAACAAGGCGUGCGUGAAUAAAAAAUGCGAAAACCCGUGCGCCCUUGGAAAACCUUGCGAUGAGACCUCGGAGUGCAAGAUUUACAAUCAUGAAGUGGAGUGCGCCUGUCCACCUGGAUAUCUGAAUACUAAGGCCGGUUGUCGAAAAGUGGAAGAAAAAUGCCGUUACGAUUCGGAUUGUCCACAGCGCACCGCUUGCAUCAAUGGUAAAUGCGAUAAUCCAUGCGCGGUAAUCAAACCCUGCGGCGACAAUGCAGAUUGCAAGGUUUUGGAUACGUUACCAGUAAGGACGAUGGUUUGUGAGUGUUUGCCUGGUUAUAUGGGUAACGCUGCAGUAAAAUGUGAACCAGUGUCACCAUGCCGUCUCGAUAAAGGUUACCGCUUAACACCCGACGGUAAAUGCGAGUGUCCACCCGGCACCGCCCUCAACGAGAACGACGAAUGCAUCUUCUGUCAAAUCGAAAAAGGAUUUAAGAUCAACGAGCAGGGACGUUGCGUCUGCGCUCUCGAGCGCGGUAUGAUUGUGGACGAGCACGGAAAUUGCAUCUGUCCUGUGGAAUACGGUUAUCGUUUAGACCAGCGCGGAAAUUGUACGCCCGUACCUGGCGCCGAAUGCGAGAAUAACCACCACUGUCCCGAUCAUAAAUUCUGCAAUCCGCAAACGAAGACCUGCGAUAAUCCUUGCGUGCCGACAAAGUGCGGAAAGUACGCCUUCUGUAACGCGGUCAAUCACCAAGCCGUCUGCCAAUGUCAGUCCGGUUACUCAGGAAACCCAGAGGUCGAUUGCAGUAAGUACACUCACUUAAUGCGUCGAGGAACAUGCACUCAUUUAAUCAUUACAGCCCCAAGUAUAUUACAUCAUCGAACUGAUUUCCCUAUACCCGAUAUGGAAGUCAGCUGCCUGUCAGAUGGCGUCCAAAUACAAAUCGAUAUAACUGACCAAGGCUUUAACGGAGUUCUGUACGUAAAAGGACACAGCAAAGAUGAACAGUGUCGUCGAGUUAUUACUGUACCAUCAAAUGAACGUUCACGAACUGAAAUAUUCAAGGUACAAUUUGGCAACUGCGGAUUAAUCCAUGUUAAUGGUCAAGCCAGCUUUGUGCUUGUGAUACAGAAACAUCCGAAACUUGUGACUUACAAGGCGCAAGCUUAUCACAUUAGAUGUAUAUACCAAACUGGAGAACAAAAUGUCACCCUGGGUUUUAACGUAUCCAUGCUGACCACGGCUGGAACCAUAGCUAACACAGGUCCUCCUCCAACCUGCGUCAUGAAGAUCGUAACGCAAACUGGCCAAGAAGUGAACUCGGCGGAAAUUGGCGAUAACUUAAUGCUCCAAGUUGAAGUACAACCAGGCUCGAUAUAUGGAGGAUUUGCCAGAAGUUGUAUUGCAAAGACGAUGGGCGAUAACGUCGAAAACGAGUAUAUAGUAACUGACGAGAAUGGUUGCGCGACCGACCCCACCAUUUUCGGCGAGUGGGAAUAUAACCAUGAUACUCAAAGCUUACUGGCCAGUUUUAACGCUUUUAAAUUCCCGAGCAGUGAUAAUAUAAGAUUCCAGUGCAACAUUCGUGUCUGCUUUGGAAGAUGUCAACCGGUCAAUUGUCGUGGAUAUAACGCAUUUGGAAGACGAAAACGUGCCAUAGAUUCCGAAAACAAUACAGAUGUGUUAAUACCCGGCGAUUUGAUGAGCGGACAAGUACGAGAAGAAAUUACUCUACAGUCUAACGCCAUUUUAACUUUCGAAAGACGCGAACAACGUUUCGUAGAUCCGACUGAAGCUCCCAACGCUCAACGGGCGGAGGAUAUCUGCGUGUCGAUGAUUGGUUUUAUAAUAGCCUUGGUCAUAACGGCACUCUUAGCCUUGGUGGCCGUCGCGGUUGCAGUUUCGUGCUGGUUAAUGGCGUAUCGGCGCAGACCAAAGGCGACGGGACCUCUUCCGCAUCCACCUGAGUUCCCGAAUCCUCUCUUUACGACGCCCGAACCAAUGGCAGAGCCCAGUCCGGACUACCUCACAUAAUCAAUCGUAAAACAAUGUAGAUAUUAAAUUUAGGUUUUUAUAUAGACAAUGAAGAAGAGUGUAAUAUGUAUAUUAAGUCGACCAAGACCAUCUUCCUCUACUCACUGUGCCUUCGACUUAAUGUAAAUAUUGCGAAGAUGAAGCAAAGAAAAGUAAUGUUCCACGCCAUUGAAACGGAAAAAUGGUUGUCACAUUUCUAUUUGGCUUCCUUUUCCAUUGGCUUACUCCUUUAAGUUUCAAAGUCAAGGGGAUGUACCAUUAGAUGGGUGGCGGUCUUAACACUAAAUUUCACUAAAUUAUUUUGAUCUAAUGCCCUUGUCUGUAUUUCUUAACAGUCGUAGUUUUAGUGCCUGACAUAAAUUGUUGUUUUAAAGCCAUUGGAAGACGUAAGCGUAUACAUAAGACUAUAUAAAUUGUAUAAAAAGUGUGCGUGAAGAAGUGUGAAUGUUAAUUAUGCUCAACUUUAAUUGGUGCUGACUGAUUUUUAUUAGUAAUUUUUGAGCAGUCAUAUUUAGUCAUUCUUGUAGUAUAAACUAUUAAAAUUAAAUAAAAAUUACGAUGAUAAAGUCUCUAGGAGGCAAUGAAUAGUAUAAAUCAAAUAAAAUUUGUCUUACUAUUUCAAAAAGAAAUUGGCUUCCUAUAAAUGUAUAGUAUACUUAACUUUAUUCCUUUAUUUAUGUAUCAAUUUUUAUUUAAUGUCAUUGUUUAACAUGAUUCCUUUUAACUGUUACAUUUGUGAUAAUUGCUUUUUUU